GCCCGCCAGAGUCCCCGGGUAUCCGUGGCAUCGAGGCUAACGCCAUGACAGUCACGUGGGACACGCCUCUCACCGACGGAGGCAGCCCCAUCAUCGGAUACAUCGUGGAGAAGAGGGAGAAGAUGUCAGGUCGCUGGGGCAAGGUGAACCGUAAGGCCAUGGAAGGCCAUUCCCUGUACGUGGACGGCCUGAUCGAAGGUGCGGAGUACGAGUUCCGUAUCUAUGCUGAGAACAUGGCGGUGGGACCUCCCAGCCAGCCCACACAGCCUACACUGGCUCUGCCACCUAUGGAUCCCCCGGGUCCGCCCCAGAAGCUGCACACCUAUGACUACACCAAGUCCUGGGCAGCGAUUCGCUGGGAGGAACCACUGGAUAACGGGGGUGGUGAGAUCACCGGGUACUGUCUGGAGAUGACGCCUAAGGACAAGGACGACUGGCUUAAAGUACACGACAAGCCAACAAUCAUGCUUGAGGAGUUCACCAUCUCAGACUUGGUGGAAGGGAAGGAGUACGAGUUCCGCUGUAAGGCCCGUAAUGCUAAGGGCUUCGGUCCGUACGCUGUCAUGGAGCCCUUCAAGGCUAAGGACAGAGUCUAUGAGCCUAUCAUUGAGCUGGAGGCCGGUCUGCGGUCAGGUCUGACCGUCCGCGCCGGACAUCCCAUCCGAUUGGCUGCCUACAUCCGCGGGAAACCCGAUCCCGAGGUAUGGUGGGAGGCCGACCCUGAGCUGGACAAGACGCGCACCGUGAUUGGUCCGACAGAGGACGGGUCAGAGUGCGUGCUGAAGAACUCCCAGAGGACGGAUUCCGGACUGUACAAGGUCACCGCGAGCAACGACGCUGGCGAGAAGUCGGCAACAUGCAUGGUCACUGUACUCGACGUGCCCGGCCCGCCGAGGUUCACGCGAGUGAAGGACGUGAUUAAGACCGGCUGCACGCUGCAGUUUAAGACGCCCGAGGACAACGGCGGCUCCGAGAUCACCAACUAUGUCAUCGAGAGGCGCGAGGCGACUCGCCGCAUCUGGACACAGAUCUCUGCCACUGUGCAGAAACUAACGUUCUACGCCUCCAAUCUUCAGGAGGGCACUGACUAUGUGUUCCGUGUGGCUGCUGAGAACCUGAUCGGCGUGGGAGACUUCACGGAAUUCCCGCCCUUCAAGGCCAUGGACCCCAUCGGUCCUCCCGGCCCACCACAGAACCUGGAGAUCUAUGACUCCAUGGAUACUGAAGUGUCGCUGUCCUGGGACAUCCCCAAGUACAACGGCGGAUCACCCAUCGUCGGAUACGUCAUUGAGUGCCGCAAGUACGGUGAUCGUGACUGGAAGAAGGGCCACACGACUGCGACGGAGCCUGACCUGAAGUUCACCCUCACGGAGCUUCCUCACAUGGAGGAGUACGAGUUCGCCGUCAAGGCCGUGAACGAGGUCGGUGCUGGCAAGCAGGCCGUCACUGACCCGUAUGUGGUCAGGGAGAAGCAAGUUCCUCCAUCCCUGCGGCUGCCACCACAGCUGACCUUCAAGGCCGGCACCAACGUGGUGUUGGACGCUGCACUGGACGGACGCCCCGCUCCUAAGGUGGAGUGGUACAAGGGAGAUGCUUCCCUGAAGCCAGACCAGCGCACAGACAUCAGCCAGUCCCUGAUCGACACCAUCUGUACAGUACAACACUGCACCAGGAACGACGCGGGGACAUACUUUGUCACCGCUUCCAACAACAGCGGCAAGAAGUCUGCUGAGUGUGAGGUCACUAUCUAUGGCCCACCUGGCCCGCCCCAGGACCUGAACAUAGACAGCAUGACAGCGAACACCUGCACGCUGUCCUGGCACCACCCCAAGGACGACGGCGGCUCGCCCGUCACCUGCUACCUCGUACAGCGCAAGGAGAUGCCUGACGGGAAGUGGGUGCUCGUCAAAGGUGACGUGCCAGUGUGCAGUUUCAUCGUGCCCCGCCUGAUCGAGGGCAAGUCCUACGCCUUCCGCGUCAUCGCGGAGAACAAGUUUGGAACUGGACCUGGGACUGAGACCAGGCCAAAGAUGAUCAAGAGUCUCAUCAAGCUUCCUGGUCCCCCUGAGAACCCUAUGAUCACAGACGUGUCCAGGAACAUGAUGAUUGUUUGCUGGGAGCCGCCGCUGGACGACGGAGGCAGCCCCAUCACCGGGUACUGGCUGGAGAAACGCGACUCCAACAACCAGAGAUGGUUCAAGGUCUCCAAGGCCCCCAUAGUGGGCACCCGUGAACGUGUGACUGGACUGUAUGCUAAUGUGGAGUACGACUUCCGCACAUCCGCCAUUAACGCCGCCGGUGUGGGUCCACCCAGCAAGCCAACCAAACCUAGAGUUGCAAAGGAUCAAGCUAUUCCCCCCGGCCCGCCGCGUCCCCAGGUGGUUGACACGACGCGGUCCUCGGUGACCCUGGAGUGGGAACCGCCUGCGCGGGAUGGAGGCAGCCCCAUCAUCGGAUACUACGUCGAGAUGAAGAAGUUCCGAGGAGAAGCUGACUGGGAACGUUGCCAUGACACGGAGCUUGUGCGUCUGCGUGAGCUGGUUGUGCCUGACCUGAAUGAGGGAGAGGAGUACUGGUUCCGCGUGUUUGCCGUGAACGAGGUCGGGGAGGGGCCGCCUGGAGACGUGCCCGGAAGGGUCAUCGUCAAGGAGAGGAUCGAGGAAGUUGAGAUGGAUCUUGAUGCUGACAUUAAGGAAGGUGUGACAGUCCGGGCCGGACAGCCUGUACGCCUCAUGGCUUACUUCAAGGGCCGUCCUGAGCCAAAGACCAAGUGGUCGCGUGUGGGUACGGAGGCCAUGAUGCGAGGUUACCCUGAGAACACCAGCAUCAGCACCGCUCUUAUCAUCAAGACAACAGCCCGCUCCGACACCGGCAAGUACGCGCUGACCGUGGAGAACAAGGCCGGGGCCAAGACCAUGCAGACUUCUGUCACUGUGCUAGAUGUUCCUGGCCCAGUGAUCAACCUCCACCCGAGUCAUGUGACCAAGCGUACCGUGACCUUGGUCUGGCAGCCGCCCGAGGACGACGGCGGGUCAAGGGUCACCAAGUACCGCAUCGAGAAGCGCGACGUGAGCCGCAAGGCGUGGCAGCGCGUGUCGGACACGAGGGACGUCACGAUAACCAUCAUGGACCUGGUGGAGGAAGCGGAGUACAUCUUCCAGGUCUGCGCCGAGAACAAGUACGGAGUCGGAGCACCUUCUGAGACACAACCUGUCAUGAUGGCUGAGCCUCUGGAUCCUCCUGGCCCACCAGAGAACCUGACCGUGACCGACGUGACCAAGCAUUCUGUCGGCAUCACCUGGGAGCCUCCCAAACACGACGGUGGGUCAAAGGUCACCCACUAUGUCGUGGAGAUGAAGGCACCAGGCAGCAGCAGCUUCGAGAAGGUCGAAUCCAAGGUCACCCAACUGUUCUACAACUUCCUGGAGCUGUCGGAGGGCGAGGCGUACACGUUCCGUGCCUGCGCCGUGAACGCCGUCGGCGCUGGGCCGUACGCACAGACUCCACCCGUGGAGACCAGGGAGAAACUCAUUCCCCCUGGCGUCAGACUUCAGGAGGAGAUGACAGUCCGUGCAGGAGAGACCAUCAACAUCGCGGCCGGCAUCACCGGCAAGCCCGUCCCCGCCAUCAGCUGGGAGCGCGGCGGGAAGCCUCUCAUGGCCGUGGACCGCGUCAGCCUGGUGAACGACGCGUCCUCCUCCAACCUGGACAUCAGGAAGUGCAUGAGGAAGAUCGACCAGGGAGUGUAUCAGGUUACCGCCAAGAACAAGGUCGGCACGGCCAGCAAACAGAUCAAGGUCACCAUCCUGGAUGUUCCUGGCGAGCCUAACGACGUAAAGAUCAGCCGUGUGUUCGCGAACGAGAUGACGGUGACGUGGAGCAAGCCGUACCAAGAUGGCGGCAGCCCCAUCACCAACUACGUGGUGGACCGGCGCGACGUGCACAUGGUCACCUGGACUCAGGUGUCCGCUAGCAUCGACCCUAAGAAAAUGGUGAUUGUAGCCCACAAGCUGCUGGAAGGUGUGGAGUAUGUGUUCCGUGUCAGGGCAGAGAACAACAUCGGAGUCGGCCCACCAGCCGAGUCCAAACCUACCCUGGCCAGGAGCCCAUAUGGCCCACCUGGACCACCAGAAGCACCAGAAAUCACGGCAUCCGGUCGGAACUGGCUGAACAUCGUCUGGCAGAAGCCAAAGGACGACGGCGGCGCGCCCGUUACCGGCUACUGGCUGGAGCGUAAGGAGCCCACCGGAGCUCGGUGGAUGCAGAUCAACAGACUUGCCAUUGAAGACAUGCACCACAAGGUGACAGGACUGGUGGAGGGAACACAGUACGAGUUCCGUGUGGCAGCUGAGAACAGGGCUGGGAUUGGUCCGCCAAGCUUCCCCAGUGUGCCCAGGGCACCUGCUACACCAAUCAGACUGCCAGGCCCGCCCACGCCCAAGGUUGUGGAUGUGACGCGGCGCUCCGUAUCCCUCCGCUGGCUGCCCCCAGAGGACGAUGGCGGAUCCCGCAUCAUCGGUUACGUGGUGGAGCGCAGACAGUUUGACUCUGAUAUCUGGGACGUCUGCCACGAGACUGAGAGGAUUGUUGGACAGGAGCUGACGAUGGGUGACCUGACGGAGAACACCAAGUACGUGUUCCGUGUCAGUGCCGUGAACCUGGCCGGCCAGGGAGAGAGCGCAGAGACCCCGGGCAUCACUCAGGUGAGAGACCCGACAGAGAUGCCCGACUACGAGCUGGACGCCUCUGUGAAGGAGCUGAUGGUUGUGAAGGUCGGGACGCCUCUGCGCAUCCCCGUCUUCAUCAAGGGCAAACCCAGGCCCAGCAUGGAGUGGAGCUUCAACGGACAGCCGCUUGUUAACGAGCGUAUGAAGACAGAGAACACAGAGAUCUCCCACACGCUGGUGAUCUCACCCUGCGAGAAGAAAGACGCAGGACGCUACACACUACACCUGCAGAACCCGCUGGGCGACGUCAGCGUCAACAUCAGGGUCAAGGUCGUCGGUCCUCCAGGCCCGCCGACCACACCGUUUAAGGUUGGCCGUGUUCUGGAGAACGCUGUGCCUCUGAGCUGGGGCAUCCCUGACGACAACGGAGGCUCCGACAUCUCCAACUACAUCGUAGAGAAACGCAUCGUCGGACAGAAGGGAUGGUACAAGGUGAGCUCCAACGUGGCCCGGACAAACAUUGUUGUGUCCAGGCUGGAGAAGGAUUACCAGUACCUGUUCCGUGUGGCUGCUGAGAACCAGUAUGGCAUCGGACCCUUCAUUGAGACAGACGGACCUGUUACUGCCUCAGAUCCCAUCGUUCCCCCAGACAUGCCUGAGCACCUGGACAUCACCCGAGUGACCAGGAAGACAGUGGAGCUGGUCUGGAAGAGACCCAAGUACGACGGCGGCUCCCCCAUCACUGGCUACAUCGUGGAGAGCCGAAACCUCAACGAUGACAUUGAUGACUGGAACUUGUGCAACGACUACGUCCUGAAGGACCUUGGCUUCAUCGUCACCAGUCUCAUCGAGAACGACAAGUACGAGUUCAAGGUCGCCGCUCAGAACAAGGUCGGCACCGGCAAGUACAACAACACCCGGGCUGUCCAGGUCAAGGACGAGAUCGAACAACCUGACUGUAACAUUGACCUGCGUCUGGGAGACAACAUCACGGUGAAGGAGGGAACAACCAUCGACGUCGGCGCCCGCAUCAAGGGCAAGCCUGACCUGCAGGUCACCUGGACCGCAGACGAGAACGCCUUCACUGAGGGAGGAAGUACUCCGCGCUCUUCCCGUGCUUCUACCCCCGCCAUCGGCAUGACUGCCAGGGUUCUGGAGGCUAGCGAGAGGGUUAUCAUGACUGUUGACGCGCCAAAGGCACGUCUGGAAGUGAUGAAUGCCCGGCGCUCGGACCGUGGGAAGUACGCCAUCACCGUGUCUAACAAGGCCGGCAAGAAGUCCAGCUCCAUCAACGUCAAUGUGCUGGCCAAGCCUGGUCCGCCCACCAAGCUGAACAUAGAUGAGAUCACCAACAGUUACGCCAUCCUGAACUGGGAACCGCCAGAGGACGAUGGAGGAAGCCCCGUUCUCAACUACGUGGUCCACAAGAAGGACACAGCCAGGAACGUGUGGGCUCCCGUUGCGGAGGCGUAUCCGGUGGCGAAACAGACGAUCCACAUCCCGAACCUGCUGGAGGGUAGCGAGUACGUGUUCCGGGUGCAGGCUGAGAACCAGAUCGGCAUCGGCCGGCCCAACGACAGCAUGCCCAUCGUGGCCAGGUGGAGAUACCGUGUGCCUGACGCACCGGACGCGCCGUCCAUCUCCGACAUCCGGCGCAACGCCAUGACGGCUACCUGGCGCGAGCCCUUCAACGGAGGGUCAAAGGUCACCGGGUACUACCUGGAGAAGAAGGAGAAGGACGCUUCCCGUUGGCUGCCGGUCAACCAGGAGCCGAUUCCAUCCAAAACUCACAGGAUUACCGGCCUGCUGGAGGGAAUGGACUAUGUUUUCCGUGUGAAGGCUGAGAACCGCGCUGGUGUCGGCCCGCCCGGACCCCCCUCCCGUCCACAGAAGGCUGAGGAUCCUAUUGACCCUCCUGGCCCGGUGGUUGACCCCGAGUGUUACGAGGUAACCCGAUCCAGCGCCUCCAUACGCUGGAAGAAACCCGAAACCGACGGCGGCAGCAGGAUUCUGGGAUACAUCGUGGAGAAGCGCAAGGCCGACAGCGACCUCUGGACGUCUUGCCACGACACUGAGAUGCACAGGUCCCUUGAGCUGGUUGUUCCGAGCCUGUUGACAGGACAGAAGUACGUGUUCCGUGUCUGUGCAGCGAACCGCGCCGGACACGGGCCGUGGGAGGCCGUCCCGGGUACCAUCCUUAUCAAGGAGAGGGAAGAGCCCCUAGUGCUGAACCUGGACGCCAGUUUUAAGGAGCUGUACGUGCUCCGGGCCGGCUCUGUGCUCAGGAUCCCCGUCAUGAUCGGAGGCCGCCCUGAGCCAAAGAUCGAGUGGUUCAAGGAAGGACAGAAAACCCAUGGAAGGACCCUGAUAGAGAACACAGCCAUCAGCACCACCCUGCUGAUUAAGAACUGCUACAAGAGCGACGCUGGAGAGUACAUGCUCCGCAUCUCCAACCAGAGUGGCAAGAAGGAGUGCCGUGUACAGGACACGUCCAAAGAUUCUAUCCUGCUGGACUGGGACCCGCCUCGCGAGGAUGGCGGCAGUAAGAUCCUCGGGUACUUCGUCGAGAUGAAGGGACCUGACGACACGGACUGGCGUAAAGUCAACAUGGAGUCGUUCACCUCCAGCCGUUGGGAAGUGAAGGGUCUGCGUGACGAUGUGGACUAUGACUUCCAGGUGAAGGCCACCAAUGCCAUCGGUGUGGGACCGCCCAGCGAGCCCAUCACUGGGGCCAGGUGCUUCGAACUACCAAGUGCCCCUGCCAUUGACCUGGCCAUCUCCAUGCGAGACCUGGUCGUUGUAAAGGCUGGAACUCCCAUCAAACUACACGCUCGCAUCGAGGGUUACCCCUACCCUUCAGCACAGUGGCUGUCUAAGGGUGAGCCCCUUGAGGCCGGCGACCGUUACUCCAUGAAGACCACGAAGUCAACAGCAGAGCUGGUAGUGAAGCCGAGCCUGCGCAGCGACACCGGCAGGUACCAUCUGGUGGUGAAGAACCUGGCUGGGACUCGCAAGGCUCCCAUUAACGUCAAGGUUCUCGACCGCCCCGGCCCGCCGCAGGCACCUGUCCAGUUUGAGGACAUCCACCAGGACCAGGUAACCCUCAGGUGGAGCGUACCUGCCGAUGACGGCGGAACCGAGGUCACUAACUACAUCGUGGAGCGCCGAGAGGCCGCCAAGACCUUCUGGACAACCGUCAACUCUAACCUGUCAAGGACGAGGAUUAUGGUACCGAAGCUGAUCGAGGGAACACCCUACGUGUUCCGCAUCAAGGCUGAGAACAAGAUGGGCAUCAGCGACCCUCUGGACUCAGAACCGGUCACACCAAAGAGCCCAUAUGACCUGCCUGGCCCACCCCUGGAGCUGCGCAUUAUUAACGUACAGAGCGACACGAUGAGCCUAACCUGGCUGGAGCCGGACUUUGACGGCGGCUCUCCUGUACAGGGAUACUUCCUGGAGAAACGCGACAAGAUCAGCAAGAGGUGGCUUAAGAUUGAGAAAGACAUGCUGACAACCACCACCUACAAGGUGGGAGGUCUGAUCGAGGGAUUCUCGUACGAGUUCCGUGUCAGCGCAAAGAACGUCGUCGGCACAGGACCUCCGUCUGAACCGACCUUCCCGACUGUCGCACGGCCGCCACUGGAUCCCCCAGAUCCCCCACUGGAGCCCCAUGUUGUUGACCAGACCCGCUCGACCGUGGACCUGGAGUGGGAUGAGCCUGUGUAUGACGGCAGUCUGCCCAUCGAGGGUUACCUGGUGGAGCACAGGCUUAAAGGUGUGGAAACCUGGACCAAGUCCCACGACACCAGCAUGGUAGCCAACAUGUACUACACGGUGGCCGGGCUGGAGGAAGGGCGAGAGUACCAGUUCCGCGUCUUUGCCAUCAAUGGCGCCGGCAAGUCCAAACCUGCCGAGGUGCCUGGAUUCACCGUGGUCAGAGACAUCACAAUUUACCCAGAGAUAGAGCUAGACGCCUCCUGUAAGGACACGGUGUACGCUCGCGCCAACCAGAACGUGCGUCUGCCCGUCUACAUCAAGGGACGGCCGGACCCCAAAAUCAUGUGGUCCAAGGAAGGCAAGGACCUGCCUGGACACAUCACUAUUGAGAAACUCGCCAUUGGAGAGGUGCUGAAGAUGAAGGUGAGCCGUCCUGACAGCGGCCGCUACACCGUGCAGGUGUCCAACGUCUGCGGGGAGGUGUCCAAGAACAUCAACCUCGUGGUUCUGGACCGCCCCGGCCCUCCGAGGAACAUUGUGGUGAAGUACGUGAAGAAGGACUCGUGUGCCCUGAACUGGGACAUUCCCGAGGACGACGGCGGCUCCCAGAUCACUAACUACAUCGUGGAGCGCCGCCUGCCCAACGAGAACCUGUGGCGCAACGUCACGUCCAACAUCCGGUCUCGUGUCAGCAAGGUCACGGGUCUGAACGAGGGUUACAGCUACUUCUUCCGUGUGAAGGCAGAGAACAAGUACGGCAUCGGCCUGCCGGUCGAGACCACUGAACCUACCCUGGCUGCAGAUCCUAUUGACCGUCCUACUGAACCACGUGACCUGGAGGUCACUGCCGUGACCAAUAACAGCGUGUCGCUGAAGUGGGUGAAGCCGACGUAUGACGGCGGCAGCCCACUCACCACUUACCUGGUCGAGCGAUGCAGGCUUGGUGAGUCUGACCACACCCGCAUCAACACAGAUGACCUGUUGGAGACGGAGUACACCGCCACUGGGCUCAACCCUGGGGCUAAGUACGAGUUCAGGGUCAAGGCCAGGAACAUCCGAUACAUCGGACCUCCCUCCACACCUACGCCUUUUAUCGAGGCAAGGGAUGAUACAAAACCACCAAAGAUCGAGCUUGACCUGCGGCUGCUGGAUGUGCUUGUGGUACGGGCUGGUACCAAGGUGCACCUGGAGGGGCGCAUCUCAGGAGUACCGCUGCCCGCCGUCAAGUGGUCCCGUGGCGGCAAGGAGAUCGCUACCAGCGACCACUACGAGGUUACCACUAUUGACAAGGAGACCUGUCUUACACUGAGAUCUGCCAGGAGACGUGACACAGGAAGCUACGAUGUCAACGUCACAAACUCAGCUGGCGCCAUGAACGCAACGGCCAAGGUCAUCGUGCAAGAUGUACCCGGCCCGCCGGUCGGCCCGCUGAAGAUCCGUGACAUGACGUCGGAGUCAAUGACGAUCGAGUGGAAGAUGCCUCACGACGACGGCGGCGCGGAGGUCACGUCUUACCUGGUGGAGAAAAUGGACACCAAGAUCGGACACUGGUUCCCCGUGGACACAACCGUCACUAAGUUCUCCCUCAAGGUGACCCAGCUGAUGGAGGAUCAUGAGUACCAGUUCCGCAUCCGUGGCAGGAACAAGAUUGGCCUCGGCGAGCCGUUUGUCUCCAAGCCAAGGAUCGCCAAGAGGCCUUACGACCUCCCCGGCCCACCGUCUGCGCCCAUUGUGCACACGAUCUUCCCCGACAACGCCACGCUGAUCUGGCAGCCGCCGGAGUCAGACGGAGGCAGCGAGAUCUCACGCUACAUCCUGGAGAAGAAGGACAUCAACAGCAUCAAGUGGGUGCGUGCGGUGGAGACCAUCAGCAGUGACACGCGUUACAACGUGCCGAACCUGGUGGAGGGGAUGGAGUACCAGUUCCGCGCCGCGGCAGAGAACGCUGCCGGCCUGGGCAAGUUUGGACCCCCGUCCACGCCUGUCAUCGCCCGCGAGCCUAUUGACCUGCCUGACCCGCCGGUGACCCCGAAGUGCGUGGACACGACGCGUUCCUCGGCGACCAUCGCCUGGAAGAAGCCGAUCCUGGACGGAGGCAGCGACAUCGUCGGUUAUCUGGUGGAGUACCGCGCCGCCGACAGCGAGAACUGGGAGAUCGGAACUCCCAAGAUCCACACACUGCAGUUCGUGGUGACUGAGCUCACGGAAGGAGCGGAGUACUACUUCCGGGUCAGCGCUAUUAAUGAGGCUGGCGUCGGUCCGCCUGGAGACUGCCCCGGGAAGGUGCUCAUCAAGGAUAUCCUGGCCUCCCCAGACUUUGAGCUGGAUGCUAGUAUGAAGAAGACCCUGACCGUGCGUGCAGGACAGCCCAUCCGCAUGUAUGUGUCCAUCAGCGGCCGCCCGCAGCCCGAGAUCCACUGGGAGAAGGAAGGACAGCCGCUAGACUACAGGGCGGAGGUGGAGAACACCGAGUACUCCUCCCAGCUGGCUAUCUACAACACAAACCGGUACGAUGCCGGACGCUAUGACCUGAUCCUGAAGAACGCUGUCGGAGAGAAGACGGCAUCAGUCAAUGUCAAGGUGUUCGACACCCCCGGCCCACCUGGCCCCAUCGCUAUUAAGGAGGUGUCAAAGGACCACAUGGUGAUCACCUGGACCCCGCCCACCGUGGACGGGGGUAGCGCGGUGUCGAAUUACAUUGUGGAGAAGCGAGACGAGAGCCGUCGCACCUGGACAACCGUUACUACCAACAACCCCAAACUGUCCUGCCGUAUCCCCAACCUGGUGGAGACUGUUACCUACUUCUUCCAGGUGUUUGCUGAGAACAAGUACGGCAUCGGCGAGCCGUCCGAGUCCAUGCCUGCCAAGGCACAGGACGCAGUCGGCCCACCCGGCCCUGUAGUGAAGCUACACGUAGCUGACAUCACCCGUAUCACGGCAUUCCUGGAGUGGACCAAGCCCACCUUCGACGGAGGGUCAAAGGUCACAGGUUACGUGGUGGAGACCCAGGAGGCGGGAAGUAUCGAGUGGGACAAGGCCGGUGUGGCGACCGAAUGUCACUACCAGGUCCUUGGUUUGACCCCUGGACAUGGGUACCGCUUCCGGGUCAAGGCCCAGAAUGCCGCAGGGCAGGGUGACCCGACCGACACAGAGAUACACAAGGCACAAGACGAAAAGAUUGCACCCAAGAUUAACCUGGACGUGACAAUGCGUGAGACAGUAGUGGUGAAGGCUGGACACACACUGACCAUCUAUGCUGGCAUCAGUGGCAAGCCUGUACCACACACACGCUGGGCUAAGGAUGGUGCUAUGAUGAAACCAGACAGGCGUCUCCUGUUUAAGAAGUCUCACACGGAGACGAGGUUCAGUCUUAAGGAGGUGACUCGUAACGACGCGGGAACCUACGCACUCAGGGCCUACAACGACGCUGGCGAGAAGACAGCCAACGUCUUUGUCAAGGUUCUUGACAAGCCCGGCCCUCCUGCCAGCCUCCAGAUAGACGAGGUGACGGCCGACUCCGUCAGCAUCUCGUGGCGCCCGCCCACCGACAACGGCGGCGUGGAGGUCAACAACUAUCUUGUUGAGAGAUGCGACGUCCAGCGCGGCGUGUGGCUGACCGUGAACGCCAACGUGACCAGGUUCAUGUUCAAGUUCCCUGACCUGAUGAAGGGUCGUGAGUACGCCUUCCGCGUCAUGGCCGAGAACAGGAUCGGGGUGGGAGAGCCCGCAGCCACGGAGAAGGUGGUGGCCAGGGAUGCUAUCGAGCCCCCAGGUCCGCCCUCUGCGCCUGAGAUCACAGAGAUCUGUAAGGACGCGAUCGGGUUCGCCUGGGAGCCGCCCAAGUACGACGGCGGCUCGGCAAUCACCGGUUACAUCAUCGAGCGCCGGGAGAAACAGUCUCGUCGCUGGAUCAAACUGAACCGGGAGGCCAUCAAGAAGCGGGAGUACCGCUCCGAGGGUCUGCUGGAGGGAUUCGAGUACGACUUCCGCAUACGCGCAGUCAACCAGGCGGGUACUGGUGAUCCCAGUGAGCCGUCUGUGCCUGUACGUGCGGAGGAACAGAUCUCACCGCCGCGAAACCUGCGCGUGAUCGACUACUCCCGAUCCUUUGUCACCAUCGCCUGGGAGCCGCCAGAGUUCGAUGCUGGCAGCAAAAUCCUCGGAUACUUCAUCUGGAGACGUAACAUUGACUUUAAGGGCUGGGCUCCGUGUAACGAGAAGAUCUGGACGGACCGCCGGUUCCACAUCAAGGCUCUGACAGAGAACAAGAAGUACCUGUUCAUGGUCAAGGCCAAGAACGCUGCAGGCAUGAUCAGUCUGCCGGCCACCAUCGGGCCUGUGGAGACCAAGGAUGAGUUCGAGCCUCCCAAGAUCCUGCUGUCGGAGACGUUUAAGGACGUGAUCACAGUGAAGGCAGGUGAGACGGUCAACGUCAACAUCAACUUCACCGGCCGGCCGCGCCCCAGGGCGACAUGGGAGAAGGACGACAGCACACUCACUCUCAGGGACCGUAUCCGUGUGGAGACGACUCCUGAGAACAGCCUGCUGACCCUGGAGAAGACAGAACGUGCCGACACGGGCAAAUACACCCUCAGUGUCAGGAACGAGGCAGGGCAGAGGAACGCCAUCGUACGCCUGAUUGUACAAGACAAGCCGUCCCCGCCGCAGGCCCCUGUAGAGACCAGUAAGGUGAGCGGUGAGACCUGCAUGGUGAAGUGGAAGCCUCCGAAGGACGACGGCGGCAGCCCCAUCCACUCCUACAUCAUCGAGAAGCGUGACACAACGCGACAGGUCUGGACACGGGCAGCCACCGUGGACGCCGGCAAGCUGAGUGCCCAGGUGACAAAGCUGACCCGCGGCCAGCAGUAUGUGAUGCGUGUGUCCGCACAGAACGCCAUCGGCACCAGCGACCCACAGAUCGGAGAACCCUUCCUCGCAAGGGACUUCUUCGACGUGCCCGGUCCACCUGGCCAGCCACAGAUCAUCAAGGUGUGCAAGAAGUACGUUCACCUGACCUGGACUCCACCAAUCAACGAUGGCGGCAGCAAGGUCACAGGUUACCUCAUCGAGAGGAGUGACCUUUGCCCUUCCAUCACGACCUUCUGGAUCCGCUGCGUGGAUGAGGUCAUCAAGGACACGGAGUACGUGAUCUAUAACCUGUUUGAGGGCUGCGACUACGAGUUCCGAGUCACGGCCUGCAACGCAGCGGGCUGGGGCAUCCCCAGCGAGGGGUCAGACGAGGUCAAGGUUCGCGACCCUGUCGCGCCCCCAGUUGCCCCUGGCAGGCCUGAGCUGGUGGAACUGACCAAGUCCUCCAUCAAGCUGAACUGGUCACGCCCCUACUACGACGGCGGCAGCCCCAUCAUUGGCUACAUCCUGGAGUCCAGGAAAGAAGGCCAGGAGGAGUGGGCUAGGGUUCACAGGCCUGAGUACAUCAUCGACCGUGAGUGGACGCUGAAGGACCUGACAGAAGGCACCAAGUACGACUUCCGUGUCUUUGCCCUGAACGAUGCCGGACAGAGCGAGGCUAGCGAAAACUCAGGCAUCAUCGAAGUCAAGGAGAUCAUCAUCCCUGCAGAUGUUGAACCUGAUGCGAGCCUGUGGCGUACACAGAUCGUGCGCGCCGGCACCGCUCUGCGCCUGUUUGUUCCCAUCAAGGGCAAGCCUACACCUGAAAUCACAUGGACUAAGGGUGAGGAGAACCUUGAGGAGAGAGCGAACAUCACGAACACGGACACAGCGUCUCUGUUCGUCCUGCCCAACAUGCAGCGCCUGGAUGCAGGGAAGUACUGCAUCACCGCCGAGAACAAGGCUGGCAAGAAGUCUUCAUUUAUCAAUGUCAAGGUGCUAGGUCCCCCUGGACCACCUGGGCCUAUCAAGGUCAAGGACAUCACCAAGGACUCUUGCAUCAUCCAGUGGUCUGCUCCAGAUGAUGAUGGCGGCGCUGACGUCUUCAACUACAUCGUGGAGAAGAAGGAGGCCGGCCGUGUUGGCUGGGCCACGGUGACCUUCAAGCAGCAGAAGAACACCUACCGCAUCACCAACCUGGUGGAGACAUGCACCUAUUACUUCCGGGUCAUAGGUGAGAACAAGUACGGCAUCGGAGAGGCUGUGGAGACAGAGGAGCCCAUCUGUGCUCUGGAUCCUGUCGAGCCACCAGAGAAGCCCAAGAACCUGACUGUGGAGGAGGUUACCCCGGCAACCGUCUCCCUGGCCUGGAAGAGACCAGACUGGGACGGAGGCAGCCGCAUCAGUGGUUACCUGGUGGAGUACCUCGCUCCCAAUGAGGAGGAAUGGACCAAGGCGGCCACCGCGAGGAACGUGAACUACACCGUGUUCGGGCUGGACCGCGACGCGACCUACCGCUUCAGGGUCACGACCCUGACGGAGCUGUCACAGAGCGUGCCCGCCGAGCUGCCAGAACCAAUCACGUGCAAGGAGGAGCAAUUGGCUCCGACCCUUGACCUGAGCAGCAUCAAGGGUGACACGCUGAUUGUGAAGGGUGGUACAGACCUGACCAUCACCAUCCCGGUCCGCGGCGCGCCAGACCCCACCGUCGCCUGGAUGCACGGCCUGCAGAAGAUCCAGGAGAAGGGCCGAUACUUCACCAAGAAGACGCGCGAGUUCACCAGACUCCAGAUCAAGAAAACUAAGAAGGAAGAUGGAGGGAAGUUCACCAUCAUGGCCGAGAACGCCGUCGGGAGCACUUCUGCUGUCUUCAACCUUAAAGUACUCGACAAACCCGGACCUCCCUCCGGCCCUGUGGCCUUCGAUGACAUCACGGAUGAGUCGGUGAUGUUGUCAUGGGAACCACCAAAGGACGAUGGCGGCAGCGAGGUGACUCACUACGUGGUGGAGAAGAGCGACGUGCGCACGGCACAGUGGCAGUACGUCAGCUCCGAGGUCCGGCGUACACACCUCAAGGUGACCGGGCUGAACAAGGGAGCGCAGUACCAGUUCCGCAUCAGUGCCGAGAACCGCUUCGGAGUCGGAACUCCGCUCAACUCUGGAAACUGCUACAUCAGGGCACCGUUCGAUGUCCCUGAGCCGCCACAGAACCUGAAGGUGGUGAGUGUGACCAAGUCCCAGAUCACGAUCGCGUACGAGCCCCCGGAGAACGAUGGCGGCGCGGCCGUGACUGGCUACAUGGUGGAGAGGAAGGAGAAAAACUCUCCCCGCUGGAUCAAGGCCACCAAGAUGCCCAUCUCUGACACUGAGUACAGCUCCCUUGGUUUGAUGGAAGGCCUACAGUACAUGCAUCGUGUGCGUGCUGUGAACCAGGCUGGUACCGGCCCUGCCUGCGACCCGACCCCACUGGUCAUCGCCAUGGAUCCCAUCGCUCCUCCCAGGAACCUCGAGAUCCUGGAGGUGAGCUCCAAGUUUGUGCACGUGCAGUGGAAGAAGCCGAUCUACGAUGGCGGCGCCCGCAUCACGGGUUACGUCAUUGAGGCUCGCGACGUGCGCUCGGACAAGUGGGUGAAAUGUCACCUGGGCGAGGUUCUGAAGCUGGAACAUGUCAUUACUGACAUCAAGGCUCUGCAGAAGUACCAGUUCAGGGUCAAGGCGAAGAACGAGGCAGGCAACAUCAGUGAGCCGUCCAACCUGGCCGGCCCUGUGCUGACCAAGGAUGACCUCCAGCCUCCCACCAUCACUCUGGACGCCAAGAUCAAGGACAACAAGAUCCAAGUUCACGCCGGGGACAAGCUGGUCAUCUCAGGCUUCGCUGGCGGCAAACCCACGCCCACCAUGAUCUUCACUAAGGGAAGACUGGUGCUACGCAGCCAAGGCCGUGUGUCUAUUGACCAGAAGGGCAAGGCGUUUGCCCUGUGUGUGGGAGACUCGUCCCGUGCUGAUGCCGGAGAGUACACCAUCACAGCUGAGAACAACAGCGGCUCCGUCACCGUCACUGUCAAGGUGCUGGUGAUGGGUAAGCCGGGGCCCCCCAUGGGUCUGCAGGUUCUGGAGACCACGCCCGAGACUUGCACCGUUUCCUGGCAACAGCCAGAGGACGAUGGAGGAGCAGGUAUCACUAACUACGUCAUCGAGAAGAUGGACCUCAAGACUAAGAACUGGAAGAAGGUUUCUGGAGCUGUGAGGAAGACCACCUUCAAGAUCCCGAAGCUGAUUCCGUUUAACGAGUACCAGUUCCGGGUCAGCGCACAGAACAUGUUCGGGGUGGGCGAUCCGGCCACAACCGGAAAUGUGCUCGCCAGACAUCCAUUUGACACCCCUGGCCCGCCUGUCCAUGUACAGGUGCGUGAGAUCACCAGGGAGAGCCUGAAGCUGCUCUGGUCUCCGCCCGAGAACGACGGCGGCUCCGAGAUCGUCGGCUUCCUGGUGGAGAGGAAGGAGAAGACCAGCGUGCGCUGGGAGAGGCUCAACAAGGAGCCCAUCCCAGAGACUAGGUUCCGUGUGGAGGAUCUGGAGGAGGGUCUGGAGUAUGAGUUCAGGAUCAGUGCCGUGAACGCUGCCGGAGUCGGGAAGCCCAGCGCUCCCACACUGCCUAUCACCGCUCAGGAUCCUGUCGACAAGCCCGGCCCGCCCGGCCCACCUGAGGUUGAAGACACCACAAGGAGCUCCAUUUCUCUCACAUGGACCAAACCCACCAGCGACGGGAGGAGCAAGAUCAUCGGCUACGUCCUGGAGAUGCAGCCGGUUGGCACAGAGGAGUGGACCAAGGUUCACACCACCUCCACCAUCAAGCUCCUGUCCUAUGUUGUUGAUGAACUGACAGAGAACAAGGAGUACGUGUUCCGUGUCAGCGCCGUGAACGCUGUUGGCGUGAGUGAACCCUCGGCCUCCACAGCACCUACUGCUGCCAGGGAGAGGCAAGAACCUCCGGAGGUUGAGGUAGACGCCAGCAUGAAGCGUAGCCUGACGGUCCGCGCCGGUAACCCGAUCCGGUUCUACGUGGGGGUCAAGGGUCGCCCCGCCCCCACCUGCACGUGGGAGAAGGAGGACGUUGACCUGAAGACUCGCGCUAACAUCGAGACGACCGAGUACUCCACGACCAUGACCAUCGCUACGGCCAACAGGGACGACGCUGGGAAGUACGAACUGACUGUCGAGAACCCGCACGGGAAGAAGACUGUCGGGACUUACGUCAAGGUUUACGACACCCCCGGCCCCCCUGAGGAGGUUGUAGUGAAAGGUGCCACCAGCAAGACUGCCGUCAUCGACUGGGACCCACCCAGCAAGGACGGCGGCAAGCCUGUCAUUGGGUACAUCCUCGAGAAGAAGGAGGUGAGCCGUCGUACCUGGGACACGAUUGACUCAGACAUCGUGAAGACGUGCUACAGGGUGACUGACCUGGUGGAGGGGAACCAGUACUUCUUCCGCGUUCUCGCCGUGAACGACUUUGGAAUCGGCGAUCCGGGAGAGACCGAGGCCCCCACACUGGCUAUCGACCCUGCUGACCAACCUGAGCCGCCGAGGAACUUCCAUGUGACAGAGAUCACGCCCAACAGCGUGUCUCUGGCCUGGAAGAAGCCCGACUACGACGGCGGUGCUCCCAUCACCAGCUACGUGGUGGAGAUGCUACAGUUUGUGAGUGAAGAGGAGGAGGGUGAGUGGAGGAAGUGCACGCAGAUCAACGCGCUGCGCUACACCGUCGCCGACCUCCUGAAGGGCGAGAAGUACCGCUUCCGCGUCUCCGCGCAGAACUACGGCGCCGUCAGCAAACCUGCCGAGCUGCUGCAGCCCGUGGUCGCCAAGGAACAGAUAUUCCCACCAGCCUUCGACCUGCAGGGCAUCACCUCCGACACCAUCAUGGUGAAGGAAGGAUCAGACUUUGUGCUGAAGAUCCCCUACUCUGGACAGCCUGUACCCACCGUCACAUGGAAGCGUGGGCUGGGAGUCAUGCAGCAGACAGCCCGCAUCUUCACCAAGACAACUCGCGAGCUGACCCAACUGUUCAUCAAGCGUGCCUUGAAGGCAGACAGUGGACAGUUCUCUGUCAACCUGGCUAACGCCGCAGGCAGCCAGCAGGCCGACUUCCAGAUCAAUGUCCUUGGCAAGCCGCUGCCACCAGAAGGGCCAGUGGAGUUCGAGGACGUGAGCGCCGAGAGCGUCACGAUGAACUGGAAACCACCAACGGACGACGGCGGAAGUGAGGUCACCAACUACGUGAUCGAGAAGUCUGACAACCGCGGCAUCGCAUGGGUCUACGUCAGCUCCGGCGUGAAGAGGACGACUAUGAGGGUGACAAAGCUGACGAAGGGCAAGAUUUACGCCUUCCGCAUCAGCGCCGAGAACCGCUUCGGUGUCGGGAAGCCCAUCGAGUCUCCCUACAUCACAGCUAAGGAUCCUUAUGACAUCCCCGGACCUCCCGGAGUCCCGGAGACCCACGACGUGACCCGUGAGCAGAUGUGCCUGACCUGGCCCGAGCCGGCCGACAACGGCGGCAGCCCCGUCACCGGCUACGUCAUCGAGCGGAAGGAGAUGUUCUCCAACCGCUGGGUCAAACUCAACCGCGCUCCCGUCCGCAAGAACGAGUUCACGUCCACACAGCUCACAGAGGGGAAGGAGUACGAGUUCCGCGUGUGUGCGGUGAACGCGGCGGGCGUGGGACCUCCCAGCGAGCCGUCGCGCCCGAGGAAGGCGGUGGAUCCGGUCGGGAUCCCGCGGAACGUGGAGAUUCUGGAGAUCACACGAUCGUCGGUGACGCUGUCCUGGGCACGCCCGACGCACGACGGAGGCAGCAAGCUGGUGUCGUACAUCAUCGAACGCAGACUGGCCAAGGAGGAGAAGUGGACACAGCACAUCCACUCAGACCUGGGUAACCUGACCUACGCAGUGAAGGGGCUGAAGCAAGGCGAGAAGUACGUGUUCCGCGUCUGCGCCAAGAACGCCGCCGGCACCGUGAGCGACCCCAGCCACGCCGUCGGACCAAUCAUCUGCAAGGACGACCUGGCCCCGCCCAAGAUCCUGCUGGACACCAGGCUGAAGGAGAAGGUGACCGUUGCUGCCGGCAGUGCCAUCACUCUGGCCGCUAUGGUCAGUGGAAAACCUCAGCCGGAGAUCUCAUGGUCCAAGGGAACUAGGACCCUUGUUGGAACCAACCGUAUGAAGAUAGACUCUACGGCCCGCUCCACCCAGCUGGCUAUCAAGGACUGUUGCCGUGCCGACAGCGGGAAGUACACACUUACCGCUAUCAACGGCAGCGGCAGUGCUAACAUCAGCAUUCAGGUGACAGUUCUGGACCGCCCCGGCCCGCCCACCGGCCCGAUCCAGGUCGGCGAGGUUACCCCAGAGACUGCCGUGAUCUCGUGGGCCCCGCCCGCCGACGAUGGCGGCGCGGAGAUCACCAACUACGUCGUGCAGAGGAGCGACGUCAAGCAGCCAGAUGUCUGGAUCAAGGUGAGCGCUGCCGUGCGUAAGACGACUCACAAGAUCACCAAGCUGAACCUGGGCACCACCUACUGCUUCCGCGUCCGGGCACAGAACAUGAACGGCAUCGGAGACGCACUCGCUUCUGAACACAUCGAGGCCAGAUAUCCAUUCGACACCCCCAGUGCCCCAGGUCAGCCCCAGGUGAAGGAUCUGACAGCUGAGAACUGCAGGAUCACCUGGACUCAGCCCGAGACGGACGGAGGCUCCGAGAUCACCGGAUACAUCGUGGAGAAGAAGGAGAAGAACAGCAUCCGCUGGGAGCGCAUCAACCGAGACCUGGUGCAGGAGAUGGAGUACAUGGUACUGGACCUGGAGGAGGGUCUGGAGUACUCGUUCCGUGUGUGUGCUGUGAACAUGGCCGGCCGAGGCAAGGCCAGCCCACAGACCAUGCCGACAGUGGCACAGGAUCCUCUGGGCAAGCCUGGCAGCCCGGUCAACGCUGAGGUGGUCGACACCACCAGGACUUCUGCUGAACUCAAGUGGGAACCUCCCAUCAAGGAUGGAGGUUCUAAGAUCCUAGGCUACAUUGUGGAGGCGCGUAAGGAGGGUACGGAGGAGUGGCUGAAGGCCCACGCCACGUCCCUGCACCGUACCACCGAGUACGUCGUGCCUGAUCUUGUCCCCGGCGGCUUUUACAAGUUCCGUGUCAGCGCCGUGAACCAAGUCGGCGUCGGCGAACCAGCAGAGAUCCCGGGCGUGACCGAGGCUAAGGACAUACUGGAAAUUGCUGAGCUGGACCCGUCCGUGGCGAAGCACCGUGUGACGGUUCGCGCCGGCACUCCGCUCCGUAUCUACGUGCCUAUCAAGGGCAAACCCACACCAACUUGCACAUGGGCACACGAGGAGAGUGACCUGGAGAACCGUGCUCAGAUUGAGACGAGCGAGGUCGCGACCCAGCUGCUGAUCAUGCCUGCUGACCUGCGUGACGCCGGACUGUUCCACUUGACUGUGGAGAACUCCAGCGGCAAGGCCGAGGCAGACAUCAACGUUAGGGUGCUCUCCCAACCUGGCCCACCAGAGAAUGUGGAGAUUAAGAGUUUCGGCCGUGAGAGCGCCGUGAUUGACUGGGACCCUCCCAGCAAGGACGGCGGCAAGCCUGUCACCAACUACAUCCUGGAGAAGAAGGAGAUCAGCAGGAAGACGUGGACAGUCAUCGACGCCAACAUCGUCAAGACCUGCUACACGGCGCUGAACCUGGUGGAGGGGAACCAGUACUUCUUCCGGGUGUUCGCCGAGAACGACUUCGGAAUCGGCGAACCCGGGGAGACGGUCGCCCCCAUGACUGCCAUGGACCCAAUUGACCAACCCGACCCACCCAAGCGUGUGAAGCUGACAGAAGUGACGUCCCACACCGUGUCUCUGGCCUGGGAGAAGCCCGACUACGACGGCGGCUCCCGAGUCACCAGCUACAUCGUGGAGAUGCUUCCUGAAGACAGGACUGAGGAGGAGGGAUGGAUCAAGUGCAGCCAGUUGAACACACUGCGCUACACUGUGACAGAGCUUGAGAGGAACGCUGUGUACCGGUUCAGGGUGUCUGCCCAGAACGCCGGCGCCGUCAGCGAGCCCAGAGAGCUGCCAGAUCCCGUUGUCUGCAAAGAACCAGAGAUUCCUCCAUCCAUGGACCUGAGUGCUCUCCAGUCGCAGGACUUUGUCCUGAAGGAGAGUUCCGACUUCGCGCUGAAGAUCCCGUACGCCGGCCUGCCCAAGCCUAAGGUAACCUGGCUGAGAGGCCUCGGCCCGCUGAAGGACAGUGGCAGGAUAUUCACCAAGACCCUACAGGACAACACGACGCUGUUUAUCAAACGUGUGACCAAGGCUGACACCGGCUCCUUCACUCUGAACCUGGAGAAUCUGGCAGGCAGUCAGAGUGCUGAGUUCAAGAUGAAGGUUGUUGGCAAGCCGACAGCUCCCCAGAUGCCAAUCGAGUUUGAUGAUGUCCAGCCGGACAGCGUCACGCUGAGCUGGAAACCGCCAGACAGCGACGGGGGCAGCGAGGUCACCAACUACAUCAUCGAGAAGUCCGACAACCGUGGUGCCACCUGGGUCUACGUCAGCUCUGGUGUCAAGAGGACCAUAUGCAAGGUUGGAAAGCUUGUCCGUAACAAGGAGUACAGCUUCCGUAUCUCUGCCGAGAACCGCUUCGGUGUCGGCCCUCCCAUCUACUCCACCUCCGUGCUGGCCAAGGAGCCGUACGACCCGCCAGACGCGCCGACAGGACUGGAGACGUUUGACGUGACGAAGGAGCAGAUCUGUCUCCGCUGGCAGGCGCCGGCGAACGACGGAGGCUCCAUGAUCCUCGGCUACCUGGUGGAGAGGUCGGAGAGGGGAAGUCAGCGCUGGACUAAGCUCAACAGAGCUCCGGUGCGUAAGACGGACUUCCGUUGCUCCCACCUGAUGGCUGACCACGAGUACGAGUUCCGUGUCUGCGCCGUGAACGCUGCCGGGCCCGGACCGUUCUCCGAGGAGUCGCCCUACGCCAAGACGGUGGACCCCGUGGGACCACCACAGAACGUACAGGUUGUAGACAUUACCCGUUCGUCGGUGACCCUGGAGUGGCGCCGUCCCGCGUUUGACGGGGGCCACCGCAUCAUCGGGUACCAGGUGUUCCGGCGCGAGGUCAGCGUCCAGGAGCCCAAGUGGGUGGAGUGUCACCACGGCCUGCUGCAGAAACUAGAGGAAACUGUCAAGGGUCUGAAGAAGGGUGGCAAGUACGAGUUCCAGGUUGUUGCCAAGAACUCUGCUGGCAUCAAGAGCGCCCCGUCUGACAAGACACUGCCUGUGGUCUGCAAGGAUAACCUUGUACCCCCAGCCAUUGUUGUUGACUACCGUAUCAAGGAGAACAAGAUGGCGAUCAGUGAGGGAGACACCCUCCACAUCCCCGUAGCCAUCACCGGCAGGCCUGAGCCUGAGGUCUCAUGGACUAGGAACGGAAAGGCCCUGCUGAAGUCCCAGCGUGUGGAUAUCGCCUACGAUGGGAAGAAGGACGCGCAUGUUCACGUGAAGGAGAGCGGGCGCAUCGACGCCGGCGAGUACAUCGUCACCGCCAAGAACGACAGCGGAAUCGCCGACGCUACCAUCAACGUCAACAUCUUCGCCACCCCAGGAAAGCCCCUGGGCCCUCUUGUGGUGGCAGACGUGACUCCUGAGUCCUGCCUGCUCCGCUGGGAGCCUCCAGAGGAUGACGGAGGAGCAACCAUCACUAACUUCAUCGUGGAGAGGAUGGACGUCAAGCAGCAGUUGUGGAUCAAGGUCUCCAGUGCUGUGCGACGCACCAGUCUGAAGGUGUCUAAGCUGUCUCCUGGCCAGACGUACCAGUUCCGCGUCUUCGCUGUGAACGUACACGGUGUGGGAGAACCGCUCCUGUCUGAGGCAGUCAUCGCUAAGUACCAGUUUGAUGUUCCUGGUCAGCCUGGUCAGCCGCAGGUGAGCGAUGUCACGCGCGAGAAGUUGAACCUGUCCUGGACUGCUCCGCUGUCCGAUGGUGGAUCUGACAUCAUCGGCUAUGUGGUGGACAUGAAGGAGAGGACCAGCGUGCGCUGGCAGAGAAUCACCCGCCGCUCCAUCCAGGAACUGAAACUGCAGGUAGACGGACUGGAGGAAGGUCUGGACUACGAGUUCCGUGUUGUGGCUGAGAACACGGCCGGAUUCGGCAAGCCCAGCCCCCUGUCUGCUCCUGUUAUUGUACAGGACCCUGUCGGUCUCCCCGACCCACCCACAGAUGUUGAGGUGUUUGAGACGACCAAGACGACGAACUCCGUCCGCUGGCAGCCGCCGGCACGCGAUGGAGGCAGCCGCAUCCAGGGCUACGUACUGGAGAUGCUGGUUAUGGGCCAGGAGGAGUGGAAGAAAUGCCACACCAAGUCUGUCCUCAGGAUCUGUGAGUUUGUUGUGGAUGGUUUGACCACUGGUCCCGGUUACCGGUACCGAGUGAGCGCCGUGAACGACAUCGGCAUGGGCAAACCUGCUGAGCUGCCCGGAUGGUGCCAGGCUCGCGACAUGGAGAUCCCGCCUCUUAUCAAGGUGGACCCCAGCGCUGCCAAGUCCAUGAAGGUGCAUGCUGGGAUGCCGCUGCGUAUCCAGGUGCCCUUAUUUGGCAAGCCGCAGCCGACAGCAAACUGGAUAAAGGAGGACAGUGACCUGGAGAACCGAGCCCAGGUGGAGACGACGGAGACACACACCACCAUCAUGCUCCCGGCCUGCGACCGCAGGGACGCCGGCGUCUGGGAGAUGUUCGCUGAGAAUCCCUUUGGAACUAACUCAUGGUCUAUCAACGUUAAAGUCAUGGACACCCCCGGUGCACCAGAGAACAUUGAGUGCAAGGGUGUGACCAGUAAGUCCUGUAUCGUGGACUGGGACCCGCCCAGCAAGGACGGCGGCAAACCUGUCAACAACUACAUUCUGGAGAAGAAGAUCGUCGGGCGCCACACCUGGUCCACCGUGGACGACAACAUUGUGAAGACGGCGUACACCGUCUAUAACCUGAUCGAGGGUAACCAGUACCUCUUCAGGAUCAUCGCCGAGAACGACUUCGGUUACGGCGAGCCUGGAGAGCUGGACAAGCCGGUCACUGCUGCUGACCCUGUCGACCAACCCGAUCCACCCAAGAAGUUUGAGGUGACGGAAACGUCCCCGACCCACAUCUCUCUGCGCUGGACCAAGCCCGACUACGACGGAGGCAGCCGCAUCACCAGCUACAUCGUGGAGAUGCGCUUCACAGACAGCGAAGAGUGGGUGAAGUGUACGCAGAUCAACGCUCUGCGCUACACGAUCACAGACGUCAUCCCUAACCAGGACUACAUGCUGCGUAUCUUUGCACAGAACACUGGAGCUAUGAGCAACCCCAAGGAGAUCGGACCCGUCACUGCCAAGGAGCCAAUCAUGCCUGCUACCCUGGACCUCUCGGCCAUCCCUGGUGAUGAGGUCAUCGUGAAGCAGGGCUCUGAUUGGACGAUCAGCAUCCCGUACCACGGUUACCCGGCGCCAACGGCGCAGUGGUUCCGCGGCAUGGGUGACCUGCGCGAGACCAACCGCGUCUCAACCAAGACCGGCGGCGGCGUCACCAUGCUCAACAUCAGACAGGUGAUCAAGGCUGAUGGUGGGAAGUACUCUGUACAGGUGUCCAACCCGGCCGGGUCUCAGACUGCUGACAUCAACGUCAAGAUUAUCGGCCGCCCUGGACCGCCCAACGGCCCGGUGGUGAUCGAGGACGUCACUCCGGAGAGCUGCGUCCUGAACUGGAAGCCUCCGACGGACGACGGCGGAAGUGACGUCACGAACUACGUGAUCGAGAAGUCCGACAACCGCGGCGCCACCUGGGUCUACGUCAGCUCCGGCGUCAAGAGAACACAGCUGAAGGUGACGAAACUCACGGAGAACAAGGAGUACCUGUUCAAGAUCAGUGCUGAGAACCGCUUCGGUGUGGGCUCGCCUCUCAAGUCUGAGUCUAUGGUGGCCAAACUACCAUAUGACCCGCCGAGUGAGCCAAGGAACCCGAAGGUUUCCGAGGUUCAGAGGGACUCGAUGACGAUCACCUGGGAGGAGUCAGCCUCUGACGGCGGCUCUGACAUCACCGGGUACAUCGUGGAGAGGAAGGAGAGGAACAGCAACCGAUGGGUCAAGAUCAACCGUGUUCCUAUGAAGCACCUGACAGUGCGCUCCAUGGGUCUGCUGGAGGGCUGUGAGUACGAGCAUCGCGUGAUCGCGUACAACGCGGCCGGACCCAGCAAGCACAGCGAAGCCACCCCGCUCACCCUGGCCAAGGACCCCGUCAGCGCCCCGCGUCGCGUCGAGAUCGUGGACAUCACACGCUCGUCCGUAUCGCUCGAGUGGCUGGCACCCGAGAGCGAGGGAGGAGCAAGGAUCAUCGGAUACUGGGUUGACAGGUUCAACCCAGAGGAAGGGAAGUUUAUCACCUGUAACCAGAUCAUGAUUCCAGCCUCGGAGCGGCACUUCACCGUGAAGGGUCUGCGGCAGGGCAGCAAGUACGAGUUCUGCGUCCGCGCCAAGAACGCCGCCGGAAUCAUCAGUGCGCCCUCCGACAAAACCAUCCCGGUCAUCUGCAAGGACGACCUACAGCCGCCAAGUGUUUCCCUGGCGUACAUGACCAAGGACACGAUGACCUUCAAGGCUGGAGAGGACAUGGACCUGAGCAUGUCAGUCAAGGGCAAACCUGUGCCUGACAUUGUCUGGCUGAAGGGCAUCCGCCCGCUCGUCAAGAGUGACAGACUGACGUUUAAGAUGCAAGGAAAGAUCUCGACCCUGUCUGUGCGUAAGGUUGUUCGUGCAGACAGUGGAGAGUACACACUGCAGGCCAAGAGCCUGUCUGGGGAGACCAAGCAGACCAUCAAAGUCUCUGUCAUGGACGUCCCCGGAGUGCCGAUGGACCUGGCCACAGGUGAGGUGACACCUGAGUUUGCCACCCUCACCUGGCAGCCACCUGAGGACGAUGGAGGUAUUGCCGUCACCAGCUUCACCGUCGAGCGCUGCGACGCCAAGACGCCCGACGCCUGGAUGAAGGUCAGUAGCGCCGUACGCAAGACGUCUUACAAGAUCACGCGUCUGACGGCCGGUGCUAGCUACCUCUUCCGGGUCCGGGCCCAGAACUUCAACGGUAUCGGCCCCGCAGCCACCAUCGGUCCUAUCAUCGCCAAGUGGGCAUUCGAUGUUCCGACUGCCCCAGUAAACCUGAAGGUCUCUAACGUGACCAAAGACUCCAUCACCAUCACAUGGCAGGUACCAGACAGCGACGGUGGCAGCCCCAUCACAGGGUACCACAUUGAGCGUAAGGAACGCACAUCAGUCCGCUGGCAGAGACAGACCCGUCUGGCGCUUGGACCCAGCGAGCUCACGUACCUCGCUGAUGACCUCAUCGAGGAUCUGGACUACGAGUUCAGGGUCAUCGCCAUGAACGCUGCAGGGUUGUCCCCGGCAACCAAGGCGACCCCGCCCACCAUGUGUACUACUCCACCAGGCAAGCCUGGCAAGCCGAUUAACCCUGAGUGCAAGGACACGACUCGCUCGACGGUCUCGCUGAAGUGGUCUCCUCCCGAGAAGGACGGAGGCAGCCGCAUCCUCGGCUACGUCAUCGAGGCUCGCAAGAUCGACAGCGAAGACUGGUUCAAGGUGCACCAGAAGUCUACAAUCCGUGACACACAGUAUGUUGUGGAGAACUUGACAGAGAACGAUGCACUGCUGUUCCGUGUGAGCGCAGUGAACAUGAUCCUGAUGGGAGAUCCAGAGCCUGUACCAGGUUUUGUACAGGUGCGUGAUCUGACCCAACCCCCCGAGGUGUUCCUGGACUCCAGCCUGAAGAGGAUGGUCAAGUUCAAUGCCGGAGCACCGCUCAGACUCGUGGCCUCCAUCAGAGGCAGGCCCAUGCCUGAGUGCAGGUGGGAGAAGGAGGACAGUGACCUGGCAAACCGCAGUAAGACGGAGACGGUGGACAACAUCACGCAGCUGGUCAUCCCGAGCUGCGACCGGCGCGACGCCGGGCGCUUCGACCUCACCGUGGAGAACGCACACGGCUCCGUAACCGUCGCCAUCAUGGUCAAGGUCAUGGACACUCCCGGUGCACCCGAGAACAUUGAAGUGAAGGGAGUGACGCGCUCCUCUUGUAUUGUGGACUGGGACCCGCCCAGCAAGGACGGCGGCAAGCCUGUCAACAACUACAUCCUGGAGAAACGCCAGGUUGGCCGUACAACGUGGACCACAGUUGAUGCCAACAUUGUGAAGACUGCCUACACCAUCAGUAACCUGGUGGAGGGGAACAAGUACAACUUCCGCAUCAUCGCGGUCAACGACUUCGGCCCCGGCGCGCCCGGAGACACCGAGGAGCCCAUCCUGGCCCAGGACCCAGUUGACCAACCAUCCCUACCAAAGAAUGUGAGAAUCACCGAGAUUACCCCGACCCACAUCUCUCUGCGCUGGACCAAGCCCGACUAUGACGGAGGCAGCCGCAUCACCAGCUACAUCGUGGAGAAGCGGUUUACGGACAGCGAGGAGUGGGAGAAGUGUACGCAGAUCAACGCCCUGCGCUACACGGUGGCGGACCUGAUCCCUAACCAGGAGUACGUGUUCCGUGUGUACGCACAGAACAUGGGAGCAGUCAGCCCACCCGCAGAGGUGGGACCUGUCAUCGCUAGGGAGCAACUGGCUCCUGGUUCCAUUGAUGUUGAGGCCCUUCCCUCGGAUGAGAUAGUCCUGAAGGAGGGAGCAGACCUAGUCGUGGAUGUUCCGUUCGGCGGAGCUCCUCGGCCCAAGGUCACCUGGAAGAAGGGCAUGGGCGAGCUGCGUGAGACGGACCGCGUCUCCACCAAACAGUCCAAUGGCACGGCUCAGCUCAUCUUCAAGAAGUGCAUGAAGGCCGAUGCCGGACGUUACAACAUCACCGUGGAGAACGAGCUCGGCUCACAGGAAGCAGACAUUAACAUCCGGGUCAUAGGUCGCCCGGGCGCCCCCGCCGGUCCUGUGGACUUCGAGGACGUGACUCCGGAAUCCCUGACCAUGAACUGGAAGGCCCCGACGGACGAUGGAGGCAGCGAUGUCAGCAACUACGUGGUUGAGAAGUCUGACAACCGCGGCGCCACGUGGACCUACGUGAGCAUGGGAGUGAAGAGGACUUCUCUCCGCAUCACCAAGCUGAAGGAGUACACCGAGUACCUCUUCCGCAUCAGCGCCGAGAACAAGUUCGGCGUCGGUCCUCCGCUCAGGUCCAACUCUGUCAUCGCCAAGUAUCCUUAUGAUGUGCCAGCCCCACCAGGCCAGCCACAAGUGUCUGUUCUCAACACCACGAAGGAGUCGAUGGUUGUCGAGUGGACAGCCUCGCCUGACGAUGGUGGCUCCGAGAUCACCGGUUACAUCGUAGAGCGCCGCGAACGCACCAGCCAGAGAUGGAUGAAGGUGAACCGUGGCCUGAUUAAGAAGCUGAGUAUCCAGACCACCGGCCUGUUGGAGGGUAAGGAGUACGAGUUCCGUAUCUUCGCCCACAACGCGGCCGGCGCCAGCAAGCCCAGCGAGAACUCACCGUUCUACCGCGCCAUGGACCCGGUCGGAGUGCCGAAGGACGUGACGGUCACUGCAGUAACCCGCGCUUCCGUCAGCCUGCACUGGUUCCCUCCAACUACAGAUGGAGGUGCCCGCAUCAUCGGGUACAUCGUUGAGCGUAAGGACGUGAAGGAGAAAGCCUGGGUACAGGUGCACGUGGGCGUCAUCACCGAGCGCGAGUACCAGGUCAAGGGUCUGAAGACCAACGAGCGCUACCAGUUCCGCGUCGUGGCGAAGAACGCCGCCGGAAUCAGGAGUCUGCCGUCUGAGCCCACCACACCAGUGGUCUGCAAGGACGAGAUCUCUCCCCCGACUGUGAAGCUGGACUACAAGCUGAAGGACGUGCUGACCAUCCACCGUGGACAGCCGCUGCACGUGCUGUUCCACGUCAAGGGCAAACCUGUCCCCGAGAUCGCAUGGACCAAGAACAAGAAGCUCCUGAUGCCCAGUUCCCAUGUACGUAUGGAGACUAAGGGAGAGGACACUGAGGUGAUCAUUAAGGAGGCAGCCCGUACCGACAGCGGACAGUAUGUCGUAACUGCCAAGAACAACGCUGGGGCAGCCGAGGCCAAGUGCACUGUCACUGUCUUGUCUGUACCGUCUGCGCCGGUUGGCCCGGUGAAGGUGUGGGACGUUACCAAGGAAACGUGCCGCAUCUCCUGGGACACGCCCGCCGACGACGGCGAGCCCAUCACCAACUACUUCAUCGAGAAGGCCGACACCCGGCAACCCAACGAAUGGGUCAAGGUGAGCGCCGCUAUCCGUAAGACAGAGAUGAAGGUGACGAAGCUGCAGAACAGGUGCACCUACGUCUUCCGCAUCCGCGCCUGCAACUACUACGGACCCGGAGACCCUCUGCUGUCAGCACAGGUGCUCGCCAAGCAUCCAUUCGACCCGCCCAGUGCUCCCACCAAGCCCACGCUGAGUGGAGUGACGCGGGAACAGAUGCUUGUUUCGUGGGGAGUUCCCGAGUCCGACGGAGGAGCCGAGAUCACCAACUACGUCCUGGAGAAGAAGGAGCUCCUCUCCACGCGAUGGUCUCGGGUUACCAAGGCAACCAUCACGGAUACCAAGUACCUGGUGACGGACCUGGACGAGGGGACGGAGUACGAGUUCCGUGUCGCGGCGGAGAACGCCGGAGGGCGCGGGAAGUACAGCGUCCCGUCCAUGCCGACUGCUGCAGUCGAUCCUCCAGGUCCACCUGGCCCUGUACAGGACCCGCGCUGCCUGGAGACGACAGAGACAUCAGUAACCCUGGCCUGGGACCCGCCACGCGAGAAGGGCGGCAGCAGGAUUGUGGGAUACCUGGUGGAGAUGCUUCCUCCGGGAGGAGACUCGUACAAGAAAUGUCACAUCGGAGACGCUGUCAAGGUCACGGAGUUCACUGUGCCGGAACUGCUCGAGGGCAAACCUUACAGGUUCCGUGUGACGGCCAUUAACGAGGUUGGACCAGGUGCAAUCACUGAGGUGAACGGCAUCAUCACACCUGUGGAGAUGCUGGAGGCACCUGUCAUCCUCCUGCCACAGGAGUACAAGCGCUCUCAGACCAUCAAGGCAGGUGAGCCGAUCCGCCUGCACAUCCCCUUCAAGGGUCGUCCUGAGCCCGAAAUCACCUGGGUGAAGGAGGACAGUGACCUGGAGCACCGUGCUCAAGUCGAGAACACUCGCUGGUCCACCACCCUGUCCCUGGUUGCUAACAGGAACGACCUCGGCAAGUUUGAGCUCACACUCAAGAACAAGGCUGGGGUGGCGACUGCUGGCAUUCUGGUUAAAGUACUGGCCACACCUGGAGCACCCGAGAACGUGGAGGUGAAGGGAGUGACCAAGAGCACCUGCAUCGUGGACUGGGACACGCCUUCCAAGGAUGGCGGCAAGCCCGUCAAGAACUUCGUCCUGCAGAAGAAGGAGAUCAGCAGGAAGACGUGGGACACCGUAGACGACAACAUCGUCAAGACGGCGUAUCGGAUUACCAACCUGGUGGAGGGGAACCAGUACACGUUCCGCGUCAUCGCCGAGAACGACUUCGGGUUCGGCGACCCGGGAGAGGCCCCACACCCCAUCACUGCGAUGGACCCUGUUGACCAACCUGACCCACCCAAAAAGGUUGACAUCACAGAGAUUACGCCCAUCACGGUCUCGCUGGCCUGGGUGAAGCCCGACUACGACGGCGGCUCCCGCAUCACCAGCUACGUGGUGGAGAAACUCCGCACCAGCGUAGAGGACAGCCAAUGGGAGCGCUGCACGGUGCUGAGCCUGACUCGCUGCACCGUGACAGACCUUGUGCCGCACGAGGAGUACCGCUUCCGUGUCUCCGCACAGAACUACGGAGCCAUCAGCGAACCGAGGGAGACUACUGCUGUCGUCUGCAAGGAACAGAUCGUUCCUGCCUCUAUUGACCUGACUGCUGUGACAUCAGACGUUCUGAUCCUGAAGGAGGGACAGGACUUUAUCCUGAAGCUGCCGUAUCAUGGCAUGCCUACACCCGCUGUUACCUGGUAUAAGGGGCUGGGUGUUUUCCGUGAGACCAUCCGAGUUGUGACCAAGACAGUCGGCGGCGUGACGCAGCUGAUCUUCCGCAAGUGUGAGAAGAUGGACGGAGGAACCUACACAGUCGUGGUGGCCAACCCUGCCGGCAAACAGACUGCUGAGAUCCAGUUUAAGGUUCUUGGCAAGCCUGGCCCACCCGUUGGACCAAUCACGUUCGAGGACAUGACACCCGAGACGGCCACGCUGAACUGGCAGGUCCCAUUGGACGACGGCGGUGGUGACAUCACCAACUACGUCGUUGAGAAGUCUGACAACCGCGGCGCGUCCUGGGUAUACGUGAGCAGCAACGUCAAGCGCUGCUGCCUCCGUGUUACCAAACUCGUGCACAAGAAGGAGUACCUGUUCCGCGUUAGCGCCGAGAACAGGUUUGGUGUCGGCAAACCGCUCACGUCUGAGUCUGCUGUCGCCAAGUAUCCUUAUGAUGAACCCACACCUCCGUAUGACCUGAAGGUAUCGGAGGUGACAAAGGAGAGCAUGCUGGUGUCAUGGCACACUCCCGAGAGUGACGGAGGCGCCGAGAUCACCGGAUAUACCUGCGAACGCCGCGAGAGAAACAGCAACCGAUGGGUCAAGGUCACUAAGGGCAUGAUCCGUAAGUGCGAGGUCCACUCGUAUGGGCUGCUGGACAGUUGUGAGUACGAGCACCGCGUGUACGCGCACAACGCCGCCGGAACCAGCAAGUACAGCGAGUCCACCGGCCUCAUCACCGCCGUGGACCCUGUCGGGGUUCCGCCCGGACUCAAGGUCACACACAUCACAAGGUCGUCCGUCUCCCUGGCCUGGCGAGAGCCCGACAGUGACGGAGGAGCAAGACUGAUUGGCUACAUCGUGGAGCGUAACGAGAUUGCCACCGGAAAGUGGGUUUCCGUCCACAGCGGCGUGGUCUCAGAGCGCACAUACACACUGAAGGGCCUGAAGAUGAACGGGAAGUACGAGUUCCGCGUGACGGCAAAGAACGCUGCCGGGCGUAAGAGCGAGCCCUCGCCACCCACCCCGCCUGUUAUCUGCAAGGAUGAUCUGGCGCCCCCUACCGUUUCCUUCGAGAAGGGCAAGGCAAACAUCCACGUGAGGGAGGGCCAGACCGCCGUGUUCACCGCGGCCGUCAGCGGCAAACCCUUCCCAGAAGUCACCUGGAAUCGCGGCGCGCGCAUGGUGUCCAAGACGGCGCGGCACAAAUUCGAGAAGACAAAUCGCACGGCUGUGCUCACCAUCUUGGAAUGCACGCGCGCGGACGCAGGGGAGUACAACGUCAGGGUCAAGAACGACUCUGGACUCGCCGAGGCCAAGUGCAAGCUGCAGGUCUUCUCCAAACCACAGCCCCCCACAAACUUCGAGGUGAUCGACAAGAGCCCAGACCACGCCAUGAUUGGCUGGCAGGAGCCAGAGGAUGAUGGCGGAUCACCUGUCACCAGCUACAUCGUGGAGCGCUGCGAUCUCAGGUCUCCAGACAACUGGACCCGUGUCAGCGCUGCCGUGAGGAAGACGUCUUACAAGGUGACGAGGCUGGCGCCGGGAUCGACUUACAUCUUCCGCAUCUCUGCCCAGACAGAGAUCGGAGUGGGACUGCCUCUUGUAUCACCACAAGUGGUGGCAAGACAUCCAUUUGAUACUCCGAGCCAGCCCGGCAAACCGGAGGUAUCAGACGUGACCAAAGACUCCAUGAAGCUGACCUGGACCCUGCCUGACACCGACGGAGGCUCUGAGAUCCUCGGUUACAUCGUAGGCCGCAAGGAGCGCACCGCUGUCAGGUGGGCCCGUAUGAACAAGUCCCUGGUUAAGGAGUGCAGGUACAUCGAUGAGACUGUGGAUGAGGGUCUGGAGUACGAGUACCGCAUCACCGCAGAGAACGAGGCGGGACGCAGCAAACCCAGCGCUCCCAGCCAGCCAACCGUCGCUCAGGACCCACUGGGUAAGCCCGGUGCUCCUGUCGUGUUUGUUGACGACACCACGCGCUCCUCCGUCUCCCUGACCUGGAACCCGCCCGUUCGCGACGGCGGCAGCCGCGUCACCGGCUACAUCGUGGAGAUGCGCAAACAGGACGGGGAGGAGUGGACCAAGGCCCACGCCACCUCCGCUGUCAGGCUGACGGAACUCACCAUCGACAAGCUGACCGAGGGACAGGGAUACAAGUUCCGUGUUAGCGCUAUCAACGAGAUCGGCGUCGGCGAGCCCGGAGAGGUGGAAGGAGUGGUCUUUGCCCGUGACAUGCUUGAAGCGCCCGAGGUUGAGCUAGAUGUGAGCCUGAAGAGGGCCAUGAAGGUGAACGCAGGAGCGCCCAUCCGCAUCUACGUCCCCAUCAAGGGCAAACCUCAGCCUACAUGCACCUGGGAGAAGGAUGACAGUGACCUGGAGAACCGUGCCACAAUCCAGACCAGCGAGAUUGCCACUCAGCUGGUCAUCAACGCCGCCGACCGGCGCGACGCCGGACGUUUCAAACUUACCGUGGAGAACUCCAGCGGCAAGAAGGAGGUCGGAGUCAACGUCAAGGUCUAUGACACCCCUGGCCCCCCUGAGCACGUGCGUGUGCGUGACGUGACCAAGGCCUCUGCCAUCGUGAGCUGGGCACCGCCCAUCAAGGACGGCGGCCGCGCGGUGGGACACUACAUCCUGGAGAAACGGGAGCAGAGCAGACGGACAUACACAACUGUCGAUGCUAACGUCUUCAAGACUUCUUACAGAAUCACGAACCUGGUGGAAGGAAACAUCUACUUCUUCCGCGUUCUUGCCGUGAACGAGUUUGGCGUGGGAGAGCCGGGAGAGUCAGCGGAACCCUGCCUGGCCACUGACCCGGUCGGGGAGCCUGACCCACCCAAGAAACUCUGCAUUACGGAGAUCACACCGAUGACGGUCUCACUGGAGUGGCAGAAGCCUGACUACGAUGGUGGCAGCCGCAUCACCAGCUACGUUAUUGAGAAGAUGAACACUACUGAGGAGGAACCAAGGUGGGAGAAGUGCUCCACGCUGAGCCUGACCCGCAUCACGGUUGCUGACCUCAUCCCUAACGACGAGUACAAGUUCCGCGUGUCGGCGCAGAAUGCCGGCGCCAUGUCUGUACCUGAGGAGGUCGGGCCUGUCACUGCCAAGGAGCAAGUCGAGGCCCCGCACUUUGACCUGACAGACCUGGCAGGAGACACCUUCACCCUGAAGGAAGGAGCAGACGUCAACCUGGUCCUGCCCUUCACUGGUCUGCCGGCACCGUCUGUGGAAUGGUUCCGAGGGUUGGGUCCCCUGCGUGAGACGGACAGCCUGGUGACCAAACACACGCGUAACUCCACCUCCCUCAUCGUGCGCAAGAUCCGCAAGGCUGACGGCGGAAAGUACCGCGUCGUCAUCAAGAACAAGCUGGGAGAGGAGAGCACUGAAGUUACCUUUAACAUUAUUGGCAAGCCCGGUGUUCCCUCCGGUCCAGUGGAGUUUGAGGAGGUCGGCCCAGAGUCGAUCACGCUGAACUGGCAGCCUCCGACGGACGACGGCGGAAGCUACAUCACAAACUACGUCGUGGAGCGAACCGAGAACCGCGGCGUGAGCUGGGUCUACGUCAGCUCCAACGUCAAGCGCGCAAACCUCCGCGUCACGAAGCUCGUGGAGAACAAGGAGUACAUCUUCCGCAUCAGCGCUGAGAACAAGUUCGGCGUGGGACCAGCGCUCACAUCAACCAGCGUGUUUGCCAAACUGCCUUUCGAUCCGCCAGAUGCACCGACCAAUGUCCAAGCCUUUGACACCAGUAAGGCGCAGAUGUCAGUGAGCGGGAGGCUCCCGACAAACGACGGUGGCUCUGAGAUCACCGGAUACAUCUGUGAGCGCAAGGAGCGCGGCAGCCGCCGAUGGGUCAAGGUGACAAAAUACCCAAUCAAGAAGCUGAUCUGCCAGUCCGCUGGGUUCAACGAGGGCUCCGAGUAUGAGUUCCGUGUCUACGCGAUCAACGCGGCCGGCGACGGGAAAUACAGCGAGAGUUCGUACCCAGCCAUUGCCCGCGAUCCUGUUGGAGAGCCGAGAGACGUCAAGGUUGUGGACAUCACACGCGCGUCGGUCACGCUCUCGUGGCACUACCCGUCUUACGACGGCGGUGCUCGUGUGAUCGGCUACAUCGUGGAGAGUGAACCAAAGGAGGGAACAUGGGUACAGGUGCACGGAGGCAUCAUCAAGGCUCAGCACUUCAAGGUGAAGGGUCUGGUGAUGAACGAGAAGUACACCUUCCGUGUCCUGGCGAAGAACGCCGCUGGAAUCCGCAGCAAGCCUUCCCCUGCUACUCCUCUUGUCAUCUGCAAGGAUGAACUCAUCGCACCCAAGAUUUCUCUGGACUACUCUGUCAAGGACAAGACCGAGGUCUUCGUGAACAAACCGUUCGACAUCGGCGCGGCGGUUUCCGGAAAACCGGAGCCGGAGAUCGUCUGGACCCGUAACGACCGCGUCAUCGUCUCCACGGAGAUGAGGAAGAUCAAGUACGGCCGAAAGACGGUUCUGACGGUGAAACACGCCAGCCGAGAGGACGCCGGCAUCUACAAGAUCGUCGUUAAGAACCCGGCUGGACAGGCAGAGGUGCGCACGGAGGUGGCAGUCCUGGCUAAACCAGACAUCCCUGCAGGACCAGUCAGGGUGACAGACAUCCAUCCCGAGGGCUGUGUCAUCGGCUGGGAGCCUCCAGAGGACACCGGAGGAGCGCCCAUCACUAACUUCAUCGUCGAGAGAUGCGAGGCUAAGAGCCAGGACUGGAUGUUGCUGAGUAAGGCUGUGAGGUCUACUCGGCAGAAGAUCACUCGCCUGACACCCGGCAUGGUGUACCAGUUCCGCAUCUUCGCACAGACCAUGCACGGCAUCAGUGUGCCUCUGGUGUCUGAUCCUAUCGAGGCUAGAUAUCCAUUCGACCCUCCUUCUCCACCCAUGAAGCCAGUCCUGAAGGACAAGAGCAGACAUCACCUGGCCAUCAAGUGGGACGCUCCCGAGACUGACGGAGGCAGCCCCAUCACUGGCUACAUCGUCGAGCGCAAGGAGCGCACGGCUGUCCGUUGGGAGAAGGCCCACCGCGGUGUGAUUGAGGAGCUGCAGCUGAGGAUGUCGGAUGUUUGGGAUAAGGAGGAGUACCAGUGUCGCGUCAUCGCUGAGAACAUCGCCGGCAAGAGCAAACCCAGCCCUGCCAGCGAACCGAUCAUCGUCAGGGACCCCUCAACCAAACCCAGCCCGCCUGAGGUACCAGAAGUGACAGACAAGACCAAGACGUCCAUCAGCAUCCGCUGGGGACCGCCUGAGAGGGACGGAGGAUCCCGUAUCGUCGGUUACGUCGUGGAGAUGCUGGAGGGAGUCAGUCUGGAAGGUGACGUAGUGUGGCUGAAGUGCCACCAGACGUCCAUGAUCCGGGCCAUGGAGCUGGACAUCACAGAGCUGAAGGAGGAACAGCCGUACAGGAUCCGUGUGUCUGCCAUUAACGAGGGUGGCUCUGUGGGCCAGCCUGCCGAGCUGCCCGGUCUCGUCGCACCCAGGGACAUGGUUGAACCGCCCCAGCUGCACAUGGAUGCCAUGAUGAAGCGCGCCGUCACCUUUAAGGGCGGCGACCAGCUCAGACUCUGGUGCAACUUCCGCGCCAGGCCCAUGCCAGACAUCAUCUGGGAGAAGGAAGACAGUGACCUGGAGAACCGUGCUAAGAUCGAGACGAUUGAGGUGACGAACCAGCUGUGGUGCACGCAGCUGAUCAUCGAGGGCUGCGACCGGCGCGACGCCGGCAAGUUCCAGAUGUCCAUGGAGAACUCGGAGGGCGCCGGACACGCCAACUUCAUCGUUAAAGUACUCGACACACCUGGGGCUCCUCUGCCCAUCAAGGUCAUGGAGAUCACGGCGACCUCUGCCCUGGUCACCUGGACCGUACCACUGAAGGACGGGGGACGCAACAUCUCGGGUUACACCUUGGAGAUCCGUGAGCAGUCUCGCCGCACCUGGAAAACUGUGGCUGAGAACAUCUACAAGACUAACUACAGGGUUCCGAAGCUGGUAGAGGGUAACUUCUACUACUUCCGCGUGAUGGCAGUGAACGACUACGGAGCAGGUCUUCCUGCUGAGACCACCGAGCCCAUCCUCGCCAUGGACCCUGUCGAUGCCCCUGAGUCUCCGAGGAACCUGAGGAUAACAGAGGUGACGCCGAUGACUGUGUCACUUGCCUGGCAGAAGCCAGAGUUUGACGGUGGCAGCCGCGUUACAUCGUACCUGAUCGAGGUGCUGCAGACAAGCCAGGAGGAGAUGGGCUGGGUGCGUCUGACCACCCUGAGUCUGACCCGCUACACGGCCACAGGCCUGACGGAGUUCGAGGAGUACAAGUUCCGCGUCUCCGCGCUGAACGUGGGCGCACAGAGCAACCCCGCAGAAGUCGGACCGGUCGUCUGCAAGGAACUCAUCAUUCCUGCUGGAUUUGACCUGACCGAACUGAAGGGUGAUACCUUCACCGUGAAGGAAGGCAAGGACCUGACCGUGGCCCUGCCAUUGGUCGGCGUGCCAAGGCCAAAGGUCACCUGGAUGCGCGGUCUUGGCGUGCUUCGCGAGAGCGACAGCGUGGUGGUGAAGACUAACCACGUGCACACGACGCUGCUUGUGAGGAAGGUCCGAAAGGCAGACCGCGGGAAAUACACCGUCAAGGCUGAGAACCACGCCGGAGAGGCCACUGCUGAGAUCAACAUCAACGUUCUAGGCCGUCCGGCACCACCGGUUGGACCGGUCGUGUUUGACGAGAUCUGUCCGGACGCUAUCAGCAUCAGCUGGCAGCCUCCCACCGAGGACGGCGGAGCCUCCAUCAACAACUACGUGGUAGAGAAGUCUGACAACCGCGGGGUGAGCUGGGUCUACGUCAGCUCCAGUGUCAAGAGGACAAGUCUGAGAGUGCCCAAACUGGUGGAGGGGACGGAGUAUCUCUUCCGCAUCAGUGCUGAGAAUAAGUUCGGUGUCGGAGAAGCUUUGAAGUCUGGAUCUGUUGUAGCCAAACAUCCGUUUGACCCCCCAAGUCCGCCCCUGAACAUCAAGGUGUCAGACGUGACAAAGGAGUCGAUGAGGAUCACCUGGGACAAACCCGCGGAAGACGGUGGGUCAGAGGUCACCGGCUACGUGGUGGAGAAGAAGGAGCGCACGUCCAACCGCUGGAUGCGCGUCACGCGUUACCCCGUGAAGAAGUGCGAGGUCCAAGCGGCAGGAUUAAACGUGGGAAGCGAGUACGAUUACCGCGUCUACGCCGUGAAUGCCGCUGGCAAUAGCAAGCACAGCGAGCCUUCAGGGCUGGUCCUAGCCGUGGACCCCGUGUCUCCUCCGCAGAACGUGCGCGUGUUGGCCGUGAGUCGUGCCUCCGUCACGCUGGCCUGGCACGCUCCUCUCACCGACGGGGGCGCCAGGAUUGUCGGCUACAUCGUGGAGAGGCUGCAGAAGGACAAGGAGAACGCUCAGUGGGUCUACUGCCACCCAGGCAUUGUGAACACGCGUGAGUACGUUGUGAAGGGUCUGAUUAAGGAGGCCAAGUACGAGUUCCGCAUCCGCGCCAAGAAUGCCGCGGGCAUCCUGGGACACUACUCCGACCCUACCAUCCCUGUCAUCUGCAAGGACGACAUCUCCCCACCCAAAGCCCAGCUUGACCUGAACCUGAAGAACCAGAUGACCUACCAGGCUGGCAGGAACAUUGAACUGACCAUGCACUUCGCCGGCAAGCCUGAGCCUUCCACGGAAUGGCAUCUUGGCAGAAAGCCACUGAUGCGGUCAGACAGAACGUCUAUCAUAAAGAAGGAGAAGACCAGGACACUGCUGAUUAAGAACUGUGUCCGCGCCGACACCGGCCGCUACACCUUCACGGUCAAGAACGACUACGGAGAGGCGAGCGUGUCUGUGGACGUCAAUGUGCAAGCUGUACCUGGUGUACCCAUGGGUCCGCUGAAGGUAUCAGACGUCACACCUGAGAACUGUGUUCUCACCUGGGACACACCUGCUGACAACGGAGGCCUGCCCAUCACGAACUAUAUCAUAGACAAGUGUGAUGUCAAGGUCCCCGGUGCCUGGAUGAAGGUCAGUGCAGCAGUGCGUAAGACGACCCACAAGGUCACCAAGCUGAAGCACAAGGAGACUUACAUCUUCCGCGUUCGCGCCGUCAACUACAACGGACCCGGCGAGCCGCUCGUCUCCGAGCCUAUCAUCGCCAAACACUCAUUCGACGUCCCCACCCAGCCGUCUAAGCCUGUUAUUAAGGAUGUUACCUGUGAGACGUGUGUGAUCACCUGGGAGGCUCCCGAGUCUGACGGAGGCUCCGAGAUCCUCGGCUACGUCGUCGAGAGGAAGGAACACAGCGCCAUGAGGUGGCAGCGUAUAAACCGUGCCCUGGUGCGCGACACUGAACUUGCCCACGAGGACCUGACGGAGGGUCUGGAGUACGACUUCCGUGUGGCUGCAGAGAACGAGGCCGGGCGCGGGAAGUUCUCCCCGUCCUGCAUGCCGGUGUUGGCGCGGGAUCCCGUCGGGAAGCCCCAGGCUCCGCAGAACGCAGAGGUCCUGGAGACAACACGCGAGUCUGUGAGCCUGCUGUGGCAGCCGCCAUACAGCGAUGGAGGCAGCAAGAUCUACGGAUACAUUGUGGAGAAGAAGGACGAGAAGAGUGAAGAGUGGAAGAAGGCCCAUGGCCUGUCCACCAUUAAGACCUGUGAGCUGGUUGUGCCUGACCUGGAGGAAGGGAAAGGUUUGAACUUCCGGGUCAGCGCCGUGAACGAGUACGGGGUCGGGGAACCCGCGCAGCUGGAGGGCAUCAUCUUCCCAAGGGACAUGUCUGCCCCACCAGAGUGUAAGCUGGACGCGACCCUGAAGCGUACUGUUACGGUGAAGGCAGGAGUUCCGCUCCGGUUCUACGUGCCCGUCCGCGGGAAACCCUUCCCCAAGGUUACUUGGGUGAAGGAUGAUAGUGACCUGGAGAAUCGUGCUAACAUCGAGAUCACGGAGAAUGCGACCCAGCUGGUGAUCGUGAACACAAACCGCCGCGACGCCGGGCGCUUCGAGCUCACCCUGGAGAACCCCAGCGGCACCAAGACUGUCGGCAUCAACGUGAAAGUCAUUGACACCCCUGGCCCCCCUGAGCACGUGCGUGUGCGUGACGUGACACGUAACGCCGCCGUGAUUGUCUGGGCCCCGCCGCUGAAGGACGGCUCCAAGUCCAUCACACACUACAUCCUGGAGAAGAAGGAGCCCAGCCGACGCACCUGGACAACUCAAGACGCAAACAUCGUCAAGACGUCUUACCGCAUCACCAACCUGGUGGAAGGAAACAACUACCUGUUCCGCGUUCUCGCCGUGAACGAUAUCGGAAUCGGUGAACCCGGAGAGACGCCGGCACCAAUCCUUGCUAUGGACCAAGUUGCUCCUCCAGAGCCUCCUAAGAAGCUGCAGAUUGUAGAGAUCACUCCGAUCUCCGUCACCCUGACCUGGACACGACCAGACUUUGACGGCGGCAGCCGCAUCACCAGCUACCUGGUGGAGAAGAUGGAGACAACUAAGGGAGAGUGGGAGCGCUGCACCGCCAUCAACGCGACGCGUUACUGCGUGUCAGACCUGGCGCCUCACGAUGAGUACACCUUCCGUGUGUCGGCGCAGAACGUCGGCGCUACCAGCGACCCCGCAGAGAUCGGACCUGUGGUCGCCAAGGAACAGAUCUACGAGCCUACCCUUGACCUGAGCCAGAUCCCAAGCGACGUCAUGACCGUAAAGGAGGGCAUCGACCUGAACCUUCCGGUCCUGUUCCGCGCCUGGCCUAAGCCGCGGAUCACAUGGCUCCGCGGCCUGGGCGAGCUACGCGAGUCAGACUCCAUGACGACAAAGAACACGAAAACUUCGACCACGCUGAUCGUGAGGAAGAUCAGGAAGGCGGACGCUGGCACGUACGCCGUGGUGGUCGAGAACAAACUCGGGUCUGCCAGGGCAGAGUUCACGCUCAAGGUCCUUGGCAAGCCGAGCCCGUGUAACGGCCCGGUCGACUUUGAGGACGUGGGUCCGGAGUCGAUCACGUUGAACUGGAAACCUCCGGACGACGACGGCGGCGCGCCCAUCUCUAACUACGUGGUGGAGAAGUCUGACAACCGCGGCAUCAGCUGGGUCUACGUCAGCUCCAACGUGAAGCGAUGCACGCUCCGCGUCACGAAGCUCACGGAGAACAAGGAGUACAUCUUCCGCAUCAGCGCCGAGAACAAGUUCGGCACCGGGAAGACGCUCAACUCACCGUCGGUCAUCGCAAAACUGCCGUUCGACCCGCCAUCCGCGCCACGUGAUGUGACCGUCACCGACGCCACCAAGGACGCGAUGCACGUGCGUUGGAGCGCGCCGGCCAGCGAUGGAGGCUCUGAGAUCCUGGGCUACAUGGUCGAGCGUAAGGAGCGGGGAGGCUCUCGCUGGAUGAAGGCCUCCCGCUACCCUGUCAAGAAAACAGAGUUCCAGUCCACUGGACUCACUACAGGCAAAGAAUACGAGUACCGUGUGUCAGCCAUCAAUGCCGCGGGCACCGGACCCUACAGCGAGCUGUCUGACUUUGUGUACGCGUACGACCCGGUCACACCGCCCCAGCGAGUUCGCCUGAUCACCGUCACUAGGUCCUCCGUCACCCUUCGGUGGGAGCCACCGCUAAGUGAUGGGGGAAGUAAGGUGAUCGGGUACAUCGUGGAGCGCCACAUGACCAAGGAGGGUGAGAAGUGGGUCGCCGUGCAUCCCGGGGUCAUCAACGACUUCAAGUACACGGUGAAGGGCCUGAUGAUGGGCGCGCGCUACGAGUUCCGCGUCUCCGCCAAGAACGCUGCCGGUAUCGUGGGCCAUAAGAGCGAGGCCACACCGCCUGUCGUCUGCAAGGACGAUCUGGCACCACCGAAGGUUCAGAUGGAUGUGAAGAACAAGGACACAGUGGAGAUCAUGAAGGGACAGAUGAUGUCUCUCGUCGCCUGCAUCAGCGGCAAACCCCAGCCUGACGUGGUCUGGUCACGGGGAAACCGCCCGCUCAUCGAGAGCACGCGCGUACACUUCAAGGUCACCGACCGCAUCGCCAUAGUAACCAUCCACGACGUGGAUCGCCCCGACGACGGAGUGUACACGUGCACGGUGAAGAACAACAGCGGAGUGGACGAUGCUUCGGUGAAGGUCCACGUGCUGUCCCGCCCUGGCCAGCCGACAGAUCUAGUGAUCGGUGAGAUCACGCCAGACUCUGUGAAGCUGAACUGGGGCCCGCCAGACGACGACGGAGGCAUGCCCAUCACUAACUACAUCCUGGAGCGCUGCGACCCCAAGACUCCCGACGACUGGGUCAAGGUGAGCUCUGCUAUCAGGAAGACAGACUACAAGAUCACCAAGCUGACCCACGGCUCUUCUUACCUGUUCCGCAUCCGUGCUGCCAACUACAACGGGCCCGGUGAACCUCUGAUGACUCCCGCCAUUGUGGCCAAGUAUCAGUUUGACACGCCGAGUGCGCCCGGCAAGCCUGUAGCGAAGAACGUGACGAAGGACAGACUGACUCUGAUGUUUGACGAGCCUGACUCUGACGGAGGAUCUCACAUCCUCGGCUACUGGGUGGAGCGCAAGGAGAGAACUUCUGUACGCUGGGAGAGACUCAACAGGGAGAUCCUGGGCCCAGACGAGAGGAAGAUCGUUGUGGAUGACCUGGAGGAGGGUCUGGACUACGAGUUCCGCGUGUCGGCCGAGAACCGCGCCGGCCGCGGCAAGAACAGCCCUGCCUCCAUCCCGUACACUGCCGCCGAUCCUGCAGGAAUGCCAGGUCUUGUUGAGGUACCAGAAGUGCUAGACUGCACCCCGACCACAGUCCUGCUGCAGUGGGGACCGCCUGCCACCGACGGCGGCGCUCGCGUCACUGGGUACAUCGUGGAGAACCUCAUCCUCGGGGAGGAGGAGUGGCACAAGUGUCACCUCAAGGAGAAGAUCCGCCAGACAGAGCUGCUAGUGACAGACCUGGUGGAACUGCAGGCCUACAAGUUCAGGGUCAGCGCAGUCAACGACCUCGGCAUCGGCAAACCCAACGAGGUGCCCGGAUGGACCGCACCAAGGGAACUCAAGGUUCCCCCAGACCUGGUGAUGGAUGCCCUGUACAAGCGGAUGGUGACCGUCCGUGCAGGAGAACAGAUCAAGUUCUUCAUCCCCAUCAAGGGCAAACCUGUGCCCACUGCUACAUGGGAGAAGGAAGACAGUGACCUGGAGAACCGUGCAGAGAUUGACACAACUGAGAAGGACACCCAGCUGGUGAUCCAGUCUGCCGAUCGACGCGAUGCCGGACGCUUCAACCUCACGCUGGAGAACGACUCCGGAACCAAGAGUGUCGGCAUCAAUGUCAAGGUUAUCGACACCCCCGGAGCGCCCACUAACCUGAAGGUUCGUGACGUGACGAGGAACGCUGCCAUCGUGUCCUGGGGACCGCCCAACAAGGACGGAGGCAAGGCCAUCAGUGGAUACACACUGCAGAAGAAGGAAGCCAGCAUGAGGAUGUGGUCUACUGUCGAGGAGAACCUCUACAAGACGACGUUCCGUGUGAAGACCCUGGUGGAAGGUAACCAGUACCUGUUCCGUGUCAUGGCCAUUAACGACAUCGGGGUGGGAGAGCCUGCAGACACCGUGGAACCGAUCCUAGCCAUGGACCCUGUCGAGCCCCCAGCACCUCCGAAGAACCUGAAGAUCACCGAGAUCACGCCGUACAGCGUGAGCCUGACGUGGGGAAAGCCUGACUUUGACGGCGGCAGCGCCGUCACCAGCUACAUCGUGGAGAAACUCCACAUGAGCGCCGAGCAUCCGGAGUGGGAGAAAUGCACGGCCAUGAGUGCCCAGAGAUACACGGUUACCGACGUGAUCACGCACGAUGAGUACAGGUUCCGAGUCAUGGCGCAGAACGUCGGCGCCGUCAGCGAACCUGCAGAGACAGAACCUGUCAUCGUCAAGGAGCAGCUCUUUGCUCCUGUGCUAGACCUGAGCGGUCUCCAUGGAGACUCCAUCACUGUGAAAGAAGGCACCAACAUCGCUGUCAAGAUUGGCAUGAGUGGAACUCCACUGCCUAAGGUGGUGUGGAAUCGUGGCCUGGGCGUCCUGCGUGAGUCUGACCACUGCCUGACCAAGACCAACCACGAGUCGACCACCCUGUUCAUCAGGAAGGUGCAGAAGCGUGACCAGGGCCAGUACAGCGUCUCAGCCGAGAACAAGGUCGGCAAGGAGUCGGCAACGUUCAACGUCAACGUGCUAGGCAAGCCUGGCCCGCCCGUCGGCCCAGUUGAGAUCGAGGAGGUUUCUCCUGAACACGCCACCAUCAGCUGGCAGCCUCCGACGGACGACGGCGGUAGCGCCAUCUCCAACUACGUGGUGGAGAAGUCGGACAACCGCGGCGCGUCCUGGGUGUACGUCAGCGCGGGCGUGAAGAGGACCAGUCUGAAGAUCACCAAGCUUACGGAGAAUGGGAGCUACAUCUUCCGCAUCUCUGCUGAGAACAAGUACGGCGUCGGAAAGGGACUCACAUCCGGAGUCGUCGUUGCCAAGCAUCCCUAUGAUCCCCCGUCCCAGCCACGAAACCUGAAGGUGACGGAGGUGAACAAGGAGUCCGCGUUCCUGAAGUGGACGUGUCCGGAAGACGACGGUGGUUCGGAACUCGCCGGGUACGGCGUGGAGAAGCGGGAACGCGGCAGCCAGAAGUGGAUGCGCGCCGUCCGCUACGUGCUGAAGAAGUGCGAGUUCCAGGCCACCGGUCUGACGGAGAAUGCAGAAUACGAGUUCCGUGUGUAUGCACUCAAUGCUGCUGGCAACGGCAAGCCAUGUGACCCAACGCCUCCCGUGAGGAUCGUGGACCCGGUGUCGCCGCCGCAGGACGUUCGCGUUACCAAGGUAACCCGCGCCUCGGUGUCGCUGCACUGGUACAAGCCUCGUACAGACGGCGGAUCCCGUAUCAUCGGCUACAUGGUGGAGAGGAUGAACGUCAAGGAGGAGAAACCCAAGUGGGUUCUCGUACACACAGGUGUUAUAAAUGACAUUGAGUACACGGUGAAGGGUCUGAUCUCGGGCGACCGGUAUCAGUUCCGCGUCACCGGCAAGAACGCGGCGGGAGUGAUCGGCGAGAGCUCCGAGCCUACGCCACCUGUCGUCUGCAAGGACGAUAUUGCUCCCCCCAGGCUGGACCUGAAGGUUAAGGACAAGCUGCAGGUGAACGAAGGCGAUCAGAUCAAACUGACCGUCGGCGUGGCCGGCAAGCCCGACCCCGACCUCAACUGGACACGCGGACGCUCCACGCUCAUGAAGUCCGACCGCGUCCGCUUCGAGAAGGCGCAGAACAACGUCUCCGUGGUGAUUAAGAACGCCGUCCGAGCCGACAGUGGGGCUUACGUGCUCAGCGCUAAGAACAACAGCGGCGUGGCAGAUGUCAAGAUUACCGUCAACGUCAUCGGUAAGCCAAGCAAGCCAGUCGGCCCAGUGAAGGUGUCUGACAAGACGCCCAACUCCUGUGUUCUCACCUGGGAGAAACCUGAAGACGACGGAGGCCUGCCCAUCAGCAACUUCCUCAUCGAGAAGUGUGACAUGAAGUCUCCUGGGGUCUGGACUAAGGUGAGUGCGGCUGUGCGUAAGACGUCUUACAAGGUGACGAAGCUGACCGCCAACUGCACCUACAUGUUCCGCAUCUCUGCCGUGAACUACAACGGCGCGGGAGAACCUCUGCAAUCCGAGAACGUCGUGGCCACCUGGCCGUUCGGCGUCCCGACCGCGCCGGGUAAACCCGCCACGAGCGACGUGACCAAGGACAGCGUGACAGCCGCCUGGAACCAGCCGGAAGACGACGGCGGUUCGGAGAUUCUGGGGUACAUCCUGGAGCGGAAGGAGCGCAUGGCUCUGCGCUGGGAGCGUGUCAGCAGGACACUUAUCAAGGAGACAUCCUACACCAUGAGUGAUCUAGAGGAGGGCCUGGAGUACGAGUUCCGUGUCUGCGCCAACAACAUGGCGGGUAACGGCAAGUACAGCCCCGCCAGCCUUCCCGUGGUCGUACGCGACCCGCUAGGCAAGCCCCAGCCGCCUGUCAACCCGGUUGUCGCGGAAACAACCCGGUCGUCCGUGUCGCUGGAGUGGCAGAAACCGGAGUUCGACGGCGGCAGCCGGGUCAUCGGUUACGUCGUGGAACAACGCAGGACUGACUCAGAAGAGUGGUCCCGUAGCCACACCAAGAGCAUGGUUCGCCACGAGGACCUGAUCGUGACAGACGUGGAGGAAGGAAGGGGUUAUUACUUCCGGGUCAGCGCCGCUAACGAGUGCGGGGUCAGUGCCCCAGCAACCGUCGAGGGCAUCGUCACCGCUAAGGACAUGAUGGAGGCUCCUACGUUGGAGUUGGACAUCAGCCUGCGCCGUGCCAUCGUGGUGAGAGGAGGAGCUCCCAUCCGCAUCUACAUCCCCAUCAGGGGCAAGCCGUUCCCGAACAUUACCUGGGAGAAGGAGGACAGUAACCUGGAGAACCGCGCCGCCAUCGAGACCAGCGAGAUCGCCACUCAGCUGAUGAUCCCGUCUGCCGACCGCCGCGACGCCGGAUACUUCAACCUCACCCUGGAGAACUCCAGCGGUACUGCAUCUGCACAGAUCCUCGUCAAAGUACUUGAUACACCUGGACCACCCACAAACGUCCGUGUGCGUGACGUCACCAAGGCGACCGCCAUCAUCCAAUGGGGAGCCCCGGAGAAGGAUGGCGGAAAGGCCGUGACGAACUACCUCCUGCAGAAGCGGGAGAUCAGCCGUAAGACGUGGGACACGGUGGAGACACGCAUCUACAAGACGUCUUACCGCGUCACCAACCUGGUGGAAGGAAACCAGUACUACUUCCAGGUGCUGGCUGAGAACGUGUACGGCAUCGGUGUGCCACAGGCUUCUGAUGAAGCCAUCCUGGCUAUGGACCCAGUCGACUCCCCCGACCCCCCGAGGAAGGUGGAGAUCACAGAGAUCACCAAGACAACCGUCUCCCUGGCCUGGCAGCGUCCAGAGAACGAUGGAGGCAGCCGCAUCACCAGCUACAUCGUGGAGAUGCGCCUGGCCGGCGAGGACCAGGAGUGGGUCAGAUGCACCGCACUCAGCUCACUCAGGUACACCGUGACAGAGCUGACCACGGGACAGGAGUACCAGUUCCGCGUGUCUGCCCAGAACGUCGGCGCUGUCAGCGCUCCCAGGGAACUGCCGCCUGUGGUCGCAGCAGAACAAAUCAGCCCACCAGAGUUGGACCUGUCCGCCCUGCCUCGCGAUGAGUUGGUCGUGAAGGAGGGAUCAGACAUGACACUGAGAAUUCCGUUCUCUGGAACACCCCGUCCCGCUAUAACCUGGCUACACGGGCUCGGCACCAUGGUCGAGUCUGACAGCAAGGUGACGAAGACCAACCACGUGUCCACGUCGCUGAUCAUCCGUAAGACGAUGAAACGCGAUGCAGGAAAGUACACCAUCAAGGCUGUCAACAACCUGGGCACCCAGACUGCUGACAUCAACAUCAAGGUGUUGGGCAAGCCAGGACAGGUGACUAACAUCCAGGCUGAGGACGUCACACCUGAGUCGUGUGUUCUCACCUGGACCCCGCCCGGGGACGACGGAGGCAGCCCUAUCCAGAGCUACAGCAUUGAGAAGUCUGACAACCGCGGCAUGACCUGGAGCUUUGUGAACAUGAGCGCGAAGCGGCCGUACUGCCGCGUCACCAAGCUCGUGGAGGGGAAGACCUACAUCUUCCGCAUCGCCGCCGAGAACAAGUUCGGGCUCGGCCCGCUGUACAUGUCCGGCGCCGUGGACGCCAAGCUGCCGUUCGACCCGCCAGCGCCACCUACUGACUUACAAGUGAAGGACAGGACGAAGGACAGCAUGACCGUCUCGUGGUUUGCACCCGAGGAUGACGGUGGAUCCGAGAUCACCGGCUACAUGCUGGAGCGCCGCGAGCGUAACAGCAACAGAUGGAUCAAGGUGACCAAGGGAGUCAUCCACAAACGCGAGGUCAGGUCUACAGGCCUGAUUGAGAACCUGGAAUACGAGCACCACGCCUUCGCUCUGAACGCUGCAGGAUCAAGCAAACCUAGCGAGACCAGCGGAUUCUACCGUGCGGUGGAUCCCGUGGGAGUUCCGGAUGACCUUCGUGUUAUCGACGUGACCCGUGCGUCGGUCACCCUCAGCUGGAAGUGCCCACUCCAGGACGGGGGUGCGCGCAUCGUCGGGUACGUGGUGGAGCGCAAACAGGUGAAGAAGGAGGGACCGCCCCAGAAGUGGGUGCAGGUACACACAGGUGUGAUUAAGGAGAAGACCCUCAAGUGCAAGGGCCUCAUCAAGGGCGAGAAGUACGAGUUCCGCGUUCAGGCCAAGAACGCCGCCGGAAUCACCAGCGAGUUCUCUCAGCCCACCGUCCCCAUCCUCUGUAAGGAUGAUCUCCGACCGCCCAAACUCACUCUGGACUUCAAACUUAAGGAGAAGAACACCAUCGCGAUCGGCGAGAGUUUCAAACUUGCCGUGAUGGUUGCCGGGAAACCGGCUCCGGAGAUCGUGUGGUCCAAGGACGGUAAGAGGCUUGCCAAGACGGAUCGUCUUCGCUUUGAGCACACCGAGAAGUACACUGCCGUGCUGAUCAAGAACGCCAGCCGCAAGGAGGCGGGAUUGUACGCGGUACGCGCAAGCAACGACAGCGGAGAAGACAGGGUGCAGUGCACUCUGGCUGUGGAAGACAAGCCAGACGCGCCCCAGGGCCCGAUCCAGGUAGUGGACAUCUGUCCGGAGUAUGCUGUGAUCAGCUGGGACGUGCCGGCAGACGAUGGAGGAACUGCCAUCACCAACUACAUCGUGGAACGCUGCGAUGUGAAGGCACAGAACUGGGUGAAGGUCAGCUCAGCCGUGAGACAGACGAGGAUCAAGAUUACGAAGCUGGUGGCUGGCUCUGCAUACCAGUUCCGCGUCUUCGCGCAGAACGUCAACGGAGUGGGACUGCCUCUCGUCUCAGACGUCAUCAUCGCCAAGUGGCCAUUUGAUCCACCAAUGGCACCAGAAGCACCCAAACCAAUCAGCGUCACCAAGGACUACGUCACCCUCUCCUGGGCGCCGCCCGCCGAGGACGGAGGGUCAGAGGUCCUCGGUUACCAUGUCGACAGGAAGGACGUCACGCACACCAACUGGACGCGCGCGAACCGCCGCUUGCUACGAGAACUGGAGUACGAGAUCGGCGGGCUGGACGAGGGACACGAGUACGAGUUCCGCGUGCUGGCUGAGAACGUUGCCGGCGAGAGCAGACCCAGCGCCGCCUGCGCGCCUGUCAUCGUCAGGGACCCUGUCGGCCCUCCUCUGGCCCCAGAGUGGCUGGAUGUGAUUGACACUACCACUAGUACUGUGACACUGAAGUGGCCGCUGCCCCAAUCUGAUGGAGGCGUGAGGCUGGAAGGAUACCUGCUAGAGAUGCGCAAGGUUGGUACGGAGACCUGGGAGCGCGCCCACACGCCGGCUACUAUCCGGCACAACCAGCACACCGUGGAGCGCCUGACCGAGGGAGCCGCGUACUACUUCCGAGUCAGCGCCGUGAACGAGAUGGGCGCCAGCGAAGCUCGCGAGGCCGAGGACACAACUGUCGUCAAGCAACUGGAAGAACCCCCAGAGAUGGAGAUUGACGUGACGUAUAAGAAGACCAUCACCAUCCGGGCGGGAGUACCGCUGCGCUUCUACAUCCCCAUCUCAGGCAAACCCACACCUGCAUGCACCUGGGAGAAGGAGGACAGUGACCUGGAGAACCGAGCCCAGAUUGAGACCAGCGAGGUUGCGACCAGCCUGACCCUCCACAACACGGACAGGCGCGACGCGGGCAAGUUCCACCUCACCGUGGAGAACUCCAGCGGCAAGAAGGAGGUCGCCAUCAACGUCAAAGUACUCGACACACCCGGGAAGCCUCGCAGCCUUCGCGUGAAGGACGUGACGAGCAGCACGGCGUUCUUCUCCUGGGACUUCCCCGAGAAGGACGGAGGAAAGUCCAUCACCAGGUACAUCGUGGAGAAACGGGAGGAGAGCAGACGUACCUGGAGCACCGUGGCAACCAACAUCAUCAAGUCUUCUUACAAGAUCUACAAGCUUGUAGAAGGAAACAUCUACUACUUCCGCGUGAUGGGAGUUAACGACAUCGGCAUUGGUGAGCCUGCCGAGACCACCCAGCCAAUCACAGCAGCCGAUCCAGUUGAAACGUGCUCAGCGCCUAAGAAGCUAGAUGUAGUUGAGAUCACCGACACAACAGUCUCCCUGUCCUGGGACAGACCCAUGUUUGAUGGAGGCAGCAGGAUCACCAGCUACCUCGUUGAACUUCAGGAGAAGGGUAGUGAAGAGUGGCAGCGCGUGAAGUCCAUCAACCUUCUGCGCUACACCGUCACCCUGCUGGACAAGGGCUCCGAGUACAAGUUCCGCGUCUCCGCCUCCAACGACGGCGGUCUGGGCGAACCCGCCGAGACACCCUUCGUCGUCUGCAAGGAACAGCUCGCUCCACCAGUACUGGAUCUGACUGAUAUCAAGGAUACUGUGGUGGUGAGACAAGGAAACGACUUUAACGUGACCAUCCCCUUCCACGCUGCACCCAAACCUAAGGUUACCUGGAUGCGUGGCUACCAGGUCCUGACGCCGAUCGAGCGCUACUUCGUGAAGAACACGGCCGACUUUGCGUCUCUCACCAUUAAGAAGGUGGAGAAGAAGGAUGCCCUGAAGUUUACUCUGACUGUGGAGAAUGACCUGGGAGCACAGUCCUUCGAGAUCACUCUCAAGGUGCUGGGCAAGCCAGGCAAGCCAGAAGGACCAAUCAGCUUCGAGGACGUUACGCCCGAGUCGCUGGAGUUGCUAUGGAAACCGCCUCGUGACAACGGCGGCAGCGACGUGACCAACUACGUGGUUGAGAAGUCGGACAACGCGGGCGUGACGUGGACCUACGUCAGCUCCGAUGUCAAGCGUACGUCCGUGAAAGUUCCGAAGUUGACCCCCGGAGGUCAGUACAUCCUGAGGGUCAGCGCCGAGAACCGCUACGGCGUGGGCGAAGCGCUGAGAUCAACCGCCAUCAUCGCCAAGUAUCCAUUCGAUGCCCCAGAGCCACCCAAGGCUCCGACAACUGCAGAAAUUGCCAAGGACUCUGUAACCGUCGCCUGGAAGCCUCCAGUCGAGGACGGAGGGUCUGACAUCAUCGGCUACCUGCUGGACAAGAAGGAGGUCGGCACAAGCAGAUGGGUGAGGAUCAGCAAGAGCAUCCUGAAGAAACGCGACCACCGCGUCACCAACCUGAGGGAGGGCACCGAGUACGAGUUCCGCGUCGUCGCGAUCAACUCGGCCGGCGAGAGCGCUCCCAGCGCGCCCAGCGUGCCCGUCCGUAUCGUAGAUCCGGUUUCGCCACCGACAGAGCUUGCCGUGUCGUUCGUGACCCGCGCGAGCGUUGGUCUGCAGUGGAAGAAGCCAGGCCUGACUGGUGGACGUAAGAUUGUCUCGUACAUCAUCGAACGACGCAACCUGAAGCAGGAGAAGUGGGUGGUGUGUAACACCGAGAACGUCACCGCUACCGAGUACACCAUCAAGGGGCUGGUUAACAACGAGAAGUAUGAGUUCCGCGUCUCCGCGCGUAACUCUGCCGCAGUCGUCAGCCCGCCUGCCGGCCCAACCAUCCCUGUCCUCUGCAAGGACGAGCUUGUGCCAGCUUCGAUUAAGCUUGACUACAACAUGAAGGAGACGAUGAGCUUCCCUGCUGAGUCUAACGUUGCUCUGAGCACACUGAUCACCGGCAUGCCUGCUCCGGAGGUCUCCUGGACCAAGAACGGGCGUCCGAUGGUUCGCAGCGACCGCGUGAACAGGGAAACUACGAAGAAAACAAGUGUUACGUCAAUCAGGAAGGCCGAGCGUUCUGACAGCGGCGCCUACGUGGUCACCGCCAAGAACGACACCGGCGUAUCCACGGUUACGAUGAACGUGACGAUCAUCGGACCGCCGUCCCGCCCGGGUCCAGUCGAGCUGGUGACCACGUCCGUGGACUCCAUCACGCUUCGCUGGCCGGAGCCUGAGGAUGAUGGAGGAACCCCGAUCAGAGCGUACACCGUUGAGCGUACGGAAGCCGGACAGGACAACUGGAUGACUUUCUCAACCAGCGUCCGUAAGAACACCUGCAAGGUGACCCGCCUGCGUACCGGCGUUACCUACAUCUUCCGCAUCACGGCUGUGUCUGACAUCGGAGCCAGCGAUGCCGUCUUCAGCAAACCGAUCACGGCCAAGAGCCCGUUCAACGUCCCGGGACCCCCGGCCCGUCCUGAGGUCUUCAUGGAGGCUGCCGACACCGCCUUCCUCACCUGGUCAAGUCCUGAUGAUGAUGGUGGCGUUGAGAUCACCGGAUACUUUGUUGAGAAGAAGGAGCGCACCAGCAUCCGCUGGUCGCGCGUGAACAACCUGCCCGUCUCCGAGUGGAAGUACCGCGUAUCCACACUCAUGGAGGGACUCGAGUACGAAUUCCGCGUCUCUGCCGUGAACGAGGCCGGCGUGGGCAAACCCAGCCCGCCUUCGGAGUCUGUCCAAGCCCUGGAGCCAGUGGACAAGCCGAGUGGCCCGAUUAACAUCCGGUUGGUGGAUUCUGCGAGAACGACCGCCACGCUCAGCUGGAGCAAGCCCAAGUUCGACGGUGGCGCCGAUAUCGUCGGUUACAUCGUGGAACAGCGCGAGAUGAGCAGCGAGGAAUGGAUCAAGUGCCACAAGACACACAUCAUCAAGGAGACGACCCUGUUCGUGACGGGACUGAAGAAGGGUAAGCAGUACUACUUCCGCAUCAGCGCGGUGAACCGUGGCGGUACUGGGGAGCCUGCCGAGCUGGGACAUCCCGUCCUGGCCGCAGACCUGGAGCAGGCGCCAGACCUGGAGCUGGACGUCACCAUGAAAAAGGCUGUCACCUUCCGCGCAGGAGUGCCAAUCCGGCUGUACAUCCCCAUCUCCGGCAAACCCACCCCAGAGGUGAUCUGGGAGAAGGAGGACGGGGAGCUGCCCAACCGCGCCACCGUCGAGACCAGCGAAGUCGCCACCGCGCUCAUCAUCCAGGAGAGUAACUGGAGCGACGCCGGACGCUACAACCUCACGCUCAAGAACGACUCGGGUGUGAAGUGCGCCUCCGUCGUGGUUAGAGUUCUCGAUGUGCCCGGGCCUGCGCAAACUCUCAUGGUGAAGGAUGUGACUAAGACAAGCUGUACCCUGCUUUGGGAGCCACCACUGUUGGACGGUGGCAGCGCCCCGAGGAGUUACGUCGUCGAGAAGCGCGAGUCUCACCGCAGGACCUGGACAACGCUCGACGCGCGCUGCAACAAGAUGUCUUACAAGGUGAUGAAGCUGAUGGAGGGAGUGACGUACUACUUCCGCGUCAUGGCCGAGAACGCCUAUGGCAUCGGCGAGGCCAAGGAAACCAUCGAGCCAAUCACAGCGCAGGACCCGGUCGACGUGGCCGAAGCCCCGAGCCGGCUCCAGGCUGUUGAUGUGGACAGGAACGCAGUUGUUCUGAAGUGGGACAAGCCCACCGAAACCGGCGGGACCGACAUCAUGAGCUACGUAGUGGAGUACGUGGAGGAGGGACAGACCACCUGGGAGAAGUACGCCACCGUACGGGACACCAUGUGUGAGGUCCUCAACCUCCACGAGAGCAAGUCUUACCGCUUCCGCGUUAGCGCCCAGAACAUUGUCGGCUUCAGCGAAGUCCGGGAGAUUGAGACAGCCGUACUCUGUAAGGAGAAGGCCAUCCCGCCGCGUGCCGACAUGAGCGCGAUUCCGCGCGGAGGCAUCGUCGCGAAGGCCGGACACCACAUCACCGUGGACGUGCCCAUCGAGGGAUGCCCCAAGCCGACCAUCGCGUGGUCUAAGGACGACCGGCCGCUGAAUCCGUUCAGAGUCGGAGUCAACAACACCGAGACAUCCACACAGCUGACCUUCAAGGUGUCUGACCGCUACGACACAGGCAACUACCAGCUGGUCCUGAAGAACGAGCACGGCACGGACACGAGCACGCUGACCGUGGUGAUCCUCGGACCGCCCGCCGAGCCGCUCGGACCGCUCAGGAUUCUGGACGUCGGCGGCGACUUCGCCACCAUCGGCUGGAAGCCUCCCGUCGACAACGGUGGCGCGACGGUCGAGGGUUACAUCAUCGAGAAGAUGGACAUGGAGGGUCGUGCCUGGACACCUGUCAGCACCAUGUGCAAGAGGUGCAACAUCACUUGCUCUGAGCUGACCACCGGUCGCAAGUACCACUUCCGCGUGUCGGCCGAGAACCGCUUCGGCAUCGGCCGCCCGCUCGAGACCCGGGAACUCGUGACGAUCAAGUAUCCGUUCGACCCUCCGGCGGCGCCCGCUCCACCGGUCGCGGUGACCGUGCUGAAGGAGAUGAUGGUUCUACGCUGGGAGGCACCAGAUGAUGGUGGCAGCAAGAUCACAGGCUACUACCUGGAGAGGAAGACACCAGGCUUCCAGUGGAACAGGAUCACACAGAUCGCUACACAGAAGAAGGAGUUCAAGGCCAAGGGCCUGAUCGAGGGAGUCUCCUACCAGUUCCGCCUGUUUGCUCAGAACACAGCUGGCAUCAGCGAGGCUGGGGAGCCCACCGAGCCCAUCAUUGCCAGGGACCCUGUACCGGACCCGCUGAACCUGAAGAUGGUGGAUGUUUCUAAGUCUACCUGCACACUGGCCUGGGAGGAACCUGAGGUUGAACUGGGCAGGAAGGUUGCCGGAUACAUCGUUGAGAAGCGUGAGUCUGACGUGGAGGAAGCCAAGUGGGUGAAGGCAAACUACGAGAGCCUGAUCGAGCAGCAGUUUACGGUGAAGGGUCUGCUGUACGGCCGCCGCUACACGUUCCGCGUGCGCACCAUCGUCGGCGAGUACACCAGCCCGGGCGCCAUGACCGACCCCAUCAUCGCUCGCGAAGACGUCAGGCCGCCAUCCGCCGUGCCCGACAAGACUAAGAUUGAGGACAAUGCUGGAAAGACGGUUGUCCUGAACGUAGCGUAUGGAGGCAAGCCUACUCCGAGCCUGUCCUGGACCAAGGAUGACAAGAUUGUCCGCCUGACCGACCGCUGCAGUAUCGACACUACAGCCACACACACUAAGGUGACAAUUAAGAACUGCGAGCGCGCGGACUCCGGGAAGUACGUGGUGACCCUGAAGAACGAGGGAGGAGACAAGGUUGUCCCCAUCAUGGUGAACGUGCUGGACAAGCCCGGGAAGGUUCUGAACAUGCGGGUGUCGGCCGUCACACACGACUCUGCUACACUGGAGUGGGACAUGCCCACUGACGACGGUGGCAAGCCUCUCAUGAGGUACUGUGUAGAGAAGAGAGACUGCAGCCGGCGCCUGUGGGAACAGGUGACAGCCACCCUGCACAUCCGCAUGACAACCAUCACCAUACGCAAACUCACCAAGGCCCACGAGUACGUGUUCCGCGUGGCUGCAAUCAACAUGAACGCCGAGACCGGCGCCUUCGUCGAGACUAAACCAGUCAAGAUCGUCAGCCCGUACAAACCUCCAUCCGGCAUGCUGCCUCCGGAGAUUCUAGACAUCAGCGCGGAUGCGAUCUACGUGUCCUGGCAGCCGCCGAAAGACACCGGUGGCACCGACAUCGAUGGAUACAUCCUGGAGUACAAGGAUAAGAACAGCUACCGCUGGAUUGCAGCAACAAAAGAACCGACGACAGACAAGAGGAUGUGGGUGAGCGGGCUACGCGAGGGAAUCGACUACGAGUUCCACGUGAUCGCCUUCAACGUUGCAGGUUCGAGCAAGCCCAGCCCGCCCUCAGCCUUGGUGACCGCCCGCGAGCCAGCCAACAAGCCGGCUCCACCGGUCAGACCAACCGUAACCGACACCACCCGCUCCACCGUGUCGCUGUCGUGGGGACCACCUCGCUACGACGGCGGGGCGCCCAUCAUCGGCUACGUGAUGGAGAGCAGGAAGACGGACAGUAACGUCUGGGUGAGAGCUCACCAGGAGGAGGUCAUCCACAUCACAGAAUGGACAGCCUGCGACCUGAAGGCUGGGGCUGAGUACUACUUCCAGGUGAGCGCGGUGAACAUCGCGGGUAUGAGUGAGCCAGCGGAGGUGACCGGCGUGGUGACCGCGAAGGACAUGCAGGUGUCUCCGACCAUCGAGCUGGACGUGAGUCUGCGCCGGGUCGUGAUCGUUCGCGCCGGAAAUCCGCUACGGCUGUACGUCCCCAUCCACGGCAAACCCACACCCGAGGUGGUCUGGACCAAGGAGGGUGAGGAGGAGCUCACCAACCGAGCCAUCAUCAACAACUCUCCCUACGCCUCCGAGUUCCUCAUCGACGACACGAACCGCACCGACGUCGGAAAGUACACCAUCACGCUCAAGAACGACACGGGCGUUGCCCAGGCAACGGUCUCCGUGCGUAUCCUGGACACGCCUGGGAAGCCGAGGAACCUGCGGGCCAAGGACGUCAGCUCCAAGUCCUGCAUGCUCACCUGGGAGAUGCCUGAGCUGGAUGGAGGCAGCGAGGUGACAAACUACAUCGUCGAGCGUCGUGAGAUGAGCAGGCAGACCUGGUCCACCAUCUCCGUCAAGAAUCCCAAACCCAUCUGUAUCAUCCGCAACAUGGUGGAGAGCAACAAGUACUACUUCCGCGUCUUACCCGAGAACGAGUACGGCAUCGGUGAACCCUGCGAGAUGGAAGCUCCGGUCGCGGCCGAGGAUCCCAUCAGGCUUCCCGACCCACCGUCCAGCGUGAAGAUUCUGGAGGUUACAUCCAGGACCGUUGCCCUGAAGUGGACAACUCCUGUUAAUGACUACGGCAACAAGAUACAGUCUUACCUCAUCGAGGUUUACGACACUAACGUGAACGACUGGCGUCGCGUGUGCAUGGUGCGUGGUCUGGAGUACACGGUGACCGAGGGAAUCAUGGAGGGUCACGAGUACCGCUUCCGCAUCACCGCACGCAACAACGUGGGCGCCAGCGAACCAAUCGAGACCGACACCGUGCUCUGUAAGGACGAACUGUCACUGCCUGUCAUCAAGAUGACUGACUCAUUCUACCAGGUGCGUGCCGGAGCCAACAUCCUAGUGGAUGUUCCCGUGACCGGUAAGCCGCGUCCGACCGUGAUGUGGAUGAAGGGCAGCUACGAGAUGCGCCGCACGAAGCGCAACGACUUCGAGCAGACCGACCGCCGCGUCGCGUUGUUCAUCAAGAGGGCUGAGAGGACCGAUACCGGGGACUAUUCAGUUAUCCUGAAGAACAGCGUCGGCGGAGCCAAGGAAACCUUCAAGAUCAACGUCAUGGACAAGCCCGACUCGCCCAGAGGACCAAUCAGAAUCAAGGACCUCUCUCCGAACUCCGUCACCCUCGCUUGGGAGGUUCCCAACGACGAUGGCGGCAGCCCGAUCACUAACUACCUGAUAGAGAAGGCGGAGGCUGGAAGCACGUCGUUCCAGUAUGUCACAACCUGCCUGCGCACAACAUGCAGAAUCACAGGCCUUGUGCACAACCGUGAGUACCGCUUUAAGAUCAUGGCUGAGAACAAGUUCGGUACCGGCCGCGCCUACACCACGGACAAGAUCAUCCCCAGGAAGCCGUUUGAAGAGCCAACUGCUCCUCAAAACGCCAAGAUAACCGAUGUCCAGGCUACCUCCAUGGUUGUGAAUUGGGCAGAACCCGAGUUCGAUGGCGGAAGCCCGAUCAUCGGUUACCUCAUCGAGAGGCGCGAGAAGUCGGGCAAACGCUGGGUCAAGUGCACCAAGGAGUACAUCCAGACCCUCUACUACAAGUCCGAGCAGCUCAUCGAAGGACUGUGGUACUCUCAUCGCGUCAGCGCCGUCAAUAAGGCCGGAGCAGGCACACCGUGCGAGGCCACAGCUUUCGUGCAAGCGAAGAAACCCAUCGACCCACCGGGACCUCCAGGUGCACCGGAGAUCGUCAAGAUGGCAAAGUACUCUGUGCAGCUGAAGUGGAACGACCCGGCUAACAUCGGAGGAGCUCCCAUCACUGGAUACUACAUGGAGGUUCGCCCUGCAGAGACCGAGCAGUGGAUGAAGACCAGCGCCAAGCCGCUGGAGAAGCGUCUGGCGAUCGUACGUGACCUGCAGACCUGCAAGCCGUACUGCUUCCGUACGCGCGCCGUGAACAAGGGCGGGGUGAGCCAGCCCAGCGAGGUCACCAUCGUCACCCUGCCUGACGAGAUGGCCGGGGUACCGCCCGUCGCAGAACUGGACGAGAACCUCAAGAGGCCUGUCCGCGUUAAGGUUGGCAGUGUGUUGAGGCUGUACGUGCCCGUGUCCGGCCGCCCCGCCCCGUGUGCCAGGUGGCGACACAACGGAGGAAACCUGGUGCAGACUCACCGCGUCAUGUUCAGCGACACCGAGAUCUCCACUCAGCUUGUCAUCAAGCAGGUGGAGAGGUACGAUGCUGGUCGUUACGACCUGCGUCUGAUUAACGAGGAGGGAAGCUGCACGGCCACCAUCCACGUGGUUGUCAUGGACAAGCCCUCCGCGCCCGCCGGAACACUCAAGGCGACCGACGUCACCGCGACACAAGCCACGCUGUCCUGGGAAACUCCUGAGGACGAGGGCAACACGCCGGUCACUCACUACGUGGUGGAGAUGAGGGAGGCGACGCAGCGCGUCUGGCGCAUGGUGACCGCCCACGUUUCCACGACGACAUACACCGUAACCGGGCUGGACGAGGGCGUGGAGUACUUCUUCCGCGUCACGGCCGAGAACAAGGUUGGCAGCAGCGAUGCUCUAACCAUUGCCGAGGCCGUGGUCCCAAUGAGCCCGGUCCGUCCACCAGGCGCUCCGCCGAGCGCGCCAGAAAUCACCAACGUUACCCGGGAGACGAUCUCCCUGUUCUGGGAGAAACCUCUUGAGGAGAACGGUGCUCCCAUCACCGGAUAUCACAUCGACAGACGUGAGAAGACAGUGGGCCGCUGGGUGCGUGUGAACAAGACGUCCAUCCUGGUCCAGACCUACACCAUCACCGCUUUAGUGGCAGACAACGAGUACGAGUUCCGCGUCCUCGCGGAGAACGCCGCGGGCCUGAGCGAGCCAAGCCCAAUGUCCGAGGCCGUGCUCACCCGCGACAUGAAGGGCCGACCCCCCCGACCAGAGGGCGAACCCGAGGUCGUCGCGGUAACCGCUACCACGGCAACGAUAAACUUCCAGGCGCCUGACGGCGACGGAGGAACCCCGAUCACGGGUUACAUCAUCCAGUGCCGUAAGGUCGGCACCCGCCGCUGGGUCGUCUGUACUUCAUCCUACACCAUCUCUACUACUACAUUCGUCGUCACAGGCCUAGUGGAGGGUGAUGCGUACGAGUUCCGAGUUCUGGCGCAGAACCUGGUUGGUUACAGCAUCGCCAGCCGCCGAACCAUGUCUGUGGUCUGCAGGGCAAAGGUCGAGGGCGAGCCGCCGCAGGUGUUAGUCGCACCUGAGGACUGCAUCUGCGCUCCAGGUGAGAACGCGCGGUUCUUUACCCGGUUCUCCGGCCACCCCGCCUGCUCAGCCAAGUGGUUCUUUGACGGUGUGGAGCUUUACGAGAGCCUGAAGUACAGCAUGUCUGGAGACUCCACCAACUUCUGGCUGGAGGUCUUCAACACCACGGCUAACAUGGAGGGAGAGUAUGUCAUUAAGGUUGACAACGGCGUUGGCCAGGCGACUGCCUCCGCCCGCAUCAUCCACGAGUUUGCUCCGCGCCUGACGCGUAAGCUGCCGGACACCGUGCAGGGCCGCAGCGCCGGUCUGAUCCGCGUGACGGUUCCGUUCAAGGCCAAGCCCGAGCCGACCGUCACCUGGACCAAGGACGGCGAGGAGAUCUGCCGAACAAACCGCAUGUUCCUGGAGAGCACCGAAACCUACACCAACAUGAUCAUCAAGGAUGCUAAGUGGGAGGAUCGUGGCGAAUACACCGCCAACAUCGAGAACUCCCAGGGCAUCCUCACCAUCAAGGUUGUGGUCGACGUUGUGGACAGGCCAACUGUGCCGCUCGGACCCGUCAGAGUUCAAGAGGUCACCAGUAACUCGAUGCUUCUCCUGUGGGAGGCACCGGAGAGCGACGGAAGCUCACGCAUCACCAACUACAUCGUGGAGAAGCGUGAGCCUUCGGCGGGAUCAUGGAGACUGGUGACAGCAUAUGCGACCGAGACGCGGUGUCGGGUGACGCGGCUGAUGAACAAGUCAAGCUACCUGUUCCGCAUCAUGGCUCAGAACGCCGUCGGACUGAGCGAGCCGCUCGACACGACGGAGCCAGUCACCGCAGAGGACCUGUACAGCAAGCCUGACAGGAUCGAGAACCCGCCCGAGGUGGUGUCUGUAGACAAGGACUCGGUUGAGCUGAGGUGGGACGAGCCGCUGUCUAACGGUGGCACCAUCAUCCUUGGCUACAUCGUGGAGAAACGCGAGAAGACCGGGAACUACUGGCACCGCGUUACCCCAACCCUCAUCACCGAGAACACCUACACCGUCACCGGACUGAUCGAGUUCUCAUCGUACCAGUUCCGCAUCCGUAGCGAGAACGCCAUGGGCGUGAGCGCGUCAUCGGACGCGUGCGAGUAUGUGACGAUUAAGGACGAGCGUGAGAUCAUCCUGCCGAGGUUCGUGCGGAAGCCGCAGGAUUGCGAGGUGCGGGAGGGCGAGACCGGAGAGUUCACCGCUCACAUCAUCUGCACCUCCGAUUACAUCCUCAAGUUCUACAACAUGUACGGCAAGGAGCUCAAGACUGACGACAAGUUCAAGGUUGUGAAGGAGCCAGGCUACAUCAAGGUGCAGAUCCUGGACGUGCACGAGGCGGACUGCGGAGAGUACACCUGCCGCGCCGCCUCCAGCGCCGGGGCCGUGACUGCCUCCGCGCAGCUCUCCAUCCGCGGUGACCCGAAGAUAGACCUUCCCGAGGAGAUGAAGAAGAAGAUCAACAUCCAGCGUGGAGAGAGCGUCUGUCUGAAGGUGCCCGUCUAUGGCGACCCUGCACCCAUGGUGACAUGGGAGAAGGAGGGAAGGACCAUCGUGGACGAUGGCAUGCACUUCCAGAUCAUGUCUGGUAAGAAGUCGACCACCCUGACCAUCCUGGAGGUGGACGCCCACGACUCCGGAGCCUACACACUAAACAUCAUGAACAGCAUCGGAGAGGACACCGCUACGAUUAACCUGGAGGUGGCCGCAGUGCCUGAUCCACCAGAGGAACCACCAGCGGUCAGCGAAGUGACCGGGGACAGCGUUAAACUGUCCUGGUCUGAGCCUACUGUUGACGGUGGUUCUCCUGUCACAGGUUACGUUGUGGAGCGUCGCGCCGUGUCGUCCAACCGGUGGAUCCGCAUCAUGACGGUUCGUACAACCACCUGCACCGUGUACGGCCUGAGGAGCAGCAAUGAGUACGUGUUCAGGGUUAGCGCCAUGAACGCUUUCGGCUGCGGCCGCACCUGCAUGGAGACCGCCGUGGUUCAAACACGCAGCACGUUCCGACAGAACUACGAUGACGAGGUUGACACAGAAGCGCCGUGCGUGCCUCGCACCUCCUUCAUCAGCACCGGAGGACCCGAAGACGUCUACGACUUCAAGGAAGCACUGGGAAACGGGGAGUUCGGAUCCGUGUACCGCGUACUUGAGCGCUCGACCCGCCGCACGUUUGCCGCUGUCGUGGUCACGUGCAAGACGUCCGAGCGCAAGCAGGCCUGCCGGAAGGAGAUCGAGCUUCUUCACAAGCUUAACCACAAGCGAGUCCUCCGUCUCUAUGACGCAUAUGAAUCCCACGAUCAGCUGACGCUCGUCCGAGAGUUCAUCUCAGGUCGCGAGCUGCUGGAGAUGGUGAUCGACCACCGCGUGCACUACACCGAGGCCGACUGCAUCCACUACACACGGCAGAUCUGCGAGGGACUGGAGUUCCUGCACUCCAAGAACGUGCUGCACCUGCACCUGCGGCCUGAGAGCAUCAUGUGCUGCACGCACGUCGGAUACUACGUCAAACUGACCGACUUUGGACGCUCCAUCCAGGUCAAGCCUGGACAGAAGAUCAACAUGAGCUACAUCUCUGCUGAGUUUGUUGCUCCUGAGGUGAUCCACGCCGAGUCCAUCGGCAGGUCCACAGACAUGUGGUCUCUCGGCUGUAUCGUCUACCUGCUGCUCGGCGGGACUUCGCCCUUCGAGGGAGAGUCUGAGGUGGAGACGGAGCGUAACGUCCACGAACAGCGCUGGGCGUUUGACGCUGAGGCCUUCGAUAACUUGUCUGAUGAGUGCCUGGACUUUGUGGACGGGCUGCUCUGGAAGGACAAGAACUCCCGGUACACUGCCCAGGAGUGCCUGGAGCACCCGUGGCUGAGGAAGGGCAUGGAGACAGUCUGUUCUACUGACAUCACCAAGACUCGACACAGGCAGUUCUUCUUCCGCAGAAGGGCGUACGACAAGUACACCGCUUCUCACGCCAUCGGCCGCCUGGCCGCACGUGGCGUCGCCCGCUCCGAGGCUGUCGAGAAACAGGUCACCCUGGAAGUUGAGCGUGACGAUCUCGGCCCUAAGAAGGUGAGCCGCGUUCGCCACGUGACGGCAGUCGAGGGCUGCGCCGCGAGGAUCGACCUGAAGAUCCACACCUCUGCAGAAACAACCUACUCCUGGCAGAAGAUCUGUGCCCAUCAUGGCUUCCACUCUAUGGAGCGCAAGGACGUUACCCUGGAGGAGGGAGGAAAGUACCAGAUGAAGUAUGAUCGCUCCACCGGCAGGAUCAGCCUCAUCAUUAACAACAUCACUGCUGACGAUGAUGGCAGGUACACCUGCACUGUGGAGAACAGAUUUGGCCGUGUUCGCAGCUGGACUGAGCUGACGGUGAUCCUGAUUGACGGCACGGUGACGCGCAGACGUAAGGAGCUGUACAACUACACGGAGCAUGAGGAGGAGGAGGUGGUGACGGACUGCCCGCCCAAACUCCUCCUGCCGCUGUACGACCGACAUGUGUACCAGGGAACCGCCUGCAGGCUGGCCUGCGUCGUCAACAGAUGCAAGGAGCCACAGGUGAGCUGGUACAAAGAUGGAAACGCUCUGGAGACCAACGGGAAGUUCCGCAUGGUGGAGGAGCUGGGACUGUACAACCUGGAGAUCAGCGACGUUACACUGGAGGAUGCUGGGAGCUACGCGGCGACCUUCGUCAACGAGUACGGCGAGAUGUCCACAAGCUGCACUCUUCAUGUCACACCGAGGAAGGUUGCUGAGGCAGAGUUUGUGAAGCCAAUCUUCAGGGUGAGACUGGAGGAAACAAACGCAGCCGAGGGAGACACCGCACGGCUGAACGCUCGCGUGCUCGGUAUUCCAGACCCCGUCGUGUCCUGGUUCAAGGACGGGAUGCCGAUCCAUGACCAGGCUCCGUAUGAGUUUGUGUUUGAGGACGACGAGUCCUGCUCCCUGCUGAUCCACAACUGUCUCCCCGAGGACUCUGGGCUCUACACAGUCAAGGCUGAGAACUCCUGUGGCUCCAGCGACUGUGACGCCAUGCUCAAAGUCCGCAGAGACUAUGUCAAGGCCACACCUUACAAGUCUCCCUACCAACACCUGAUGGAGAUAGAGGACAGUGUGCCGUCACUGGUGCCCCUGGCAUAUGCAGAAUACGAGAGAGCUGAGUAUGAGAGUAUGGAGUACUACCAGGCGCGGCGACGCGCUGAAGUGGCUCAGGCCGAGGAGUACAUGGCACAACCGCCUUCCACCAUCUCUCCCGCAGGCUCCGUGUCUUCUAAGGAAUCUGACAGAACCCGGCAGAGCCGCAGCUCGGCCGCUUCCAGCGCUCGGCGUAGGAAGGACAAGAAGAUGAGUCUCGGAGCAGAGUCCGCACCCGUCUUCACACGAAGACUCCGCGAACACACCGUCAUCGAAGGUUUUGACUCCCAGUUCACAUGCUCGGCCGAAGGCAACCCGAAGCCGAAGGUAGAGUGGGCGAAGGACGGGAAAGUGAUCCGGGAAGACAACAAGUUCAGGUUCAAGCACGUGUACGGCGUACUGACCCUGUGUAUCUAUGAGGUGUCCCUGCAGGAUGCUGGAGACUACAGCUGUACUGUCACCAACAGGCUGGGAACUGCCAUCACACGCGGGCGACUUAGUGUCGCAAAAGAGCAUGACCAGGUGGGUUAUGUGUGGCACAUGCCGACCGACGCUCCCACCGUGGCCGCCCCCGCACCUCCCCGCUACGAGGAGAUCGUGCGCCCAAGGAUCGAGGCUGCCCCGCCCGCGGCAGAGCCCGCGGCCGAAGUCGUACCCACACCUGUAGCAGAACCACCUGCUGCACCUGUGAAGGAGCCUACACCACCUGCGACACCUACACCACCUACACCACCCUCACCGGUAAAGCCGACUCCUCCAGUUACUGUCGAGGAGCCCAAGAAACCUGCACGUAAGUUUAAGGAGCCGAAGCCGGAAGCUGCCGCCGCGCCGCCUGCCCGUGAGGCAUCACCGCCACCGGUUGCGCCCGCGCCGCGCCCGCCGUCUCCGCCCAAACCGGAGCCUAAGAAGGAGGUACCGCCUCCCCGUACCGGUCCAGUCUUCACCAGCAAGGAGACAGCUUUUACUGUAGCUGAUGGAGAGGACGCACGACUGGAGGUGUCCUUCGAUGCGGAGGCCACAGUUGUGUGGAAGCGUAACGGCAUCGUGAUCAAGGCGAGCGACGUGUACCAUCUGGUCCGCGAGCGCAACACCUACGUUCUCGUGGUGCGUGAUGUCAUCAGGGAGGACACCGGAAAUUACGUUGUCGAGGCAACUGACUCGAGCGGAACCACCACCGUGUCCGUCAACCUCAGUGUUGGUAAGUAACGUUCGCUUCUAGAGGCAAGCAAGCAGAAACGGCUGCAGCAAUUCGCCAUUCCUCCCACGGAAACGCUCAUACCCGGCCUGGAUAAGGGCCAGGCUACGGAACAGGAGGGACCCGAACCCUUCCUCGAAAGCCUGGCUGACGCCAAGCAAAAACGACUUAAGACUUUACAAGGAGAAGGUACCAUAGGUUUGUAUAUUAUAUACAGCUGCUUGGCUGUUGAGCUCUUCAAGCUUAUUGCCAGCUCUGGCCUUACACUGUACAACGCUUAUGCUACGAUAGGCUUAAGCUUGGCGGCCGAGACAACAACCGAUGUCACCAUCCAACGCCUUGAGUCUCUAAGGAUGGAGGGAGAAGUCUACCUGUCCACCUUGGAAGGAACAAAGGAGAUACGCCAAGAAUCCCUCCUUGAGAAGGGCGCAGACCCUUUCCUUCUGGGGCUGCAGACGCCGAGAGCUAAACGCUUUAAGACCUUCAAUAGUGAAGGUGAGAUGACAAAGCCACCUGCACCUCCCACGUUCACCGCCAGGCCACAGACAAAGGACUCACCUGAAGGAGGCUCCGCCAAGUUCGAGUGCAAGAUGGACGGAUCCCCCCGACCCUCAGUGACAUGGUUCCGUGAGGGGAAGGUGAUCAGGACAGAGGGCCGCUACACCGCCGUGUCCCGCGGAUAUUCCCACUCCCUGGAGAUCACUAAGAUCACCAAGACCGACAGCGGGCACUACGCCUGCGUGGCCAAUAACGCACAGGGAGAGGUCCGUGCUGAGUUCACCUUGACCGUGGCCGGAAAGAUCCACGUGGAGAAACGUGAAGAGGUCAAGGUCGUGGAGAAGAAGAAGAAGGAGGUCAAACCCGUGAAGAAGGAGGAGCCCAAGGUCGAGAAGCCGGCCAAGAAACCGGCUGAGAAGAAACCGGAACCUCCCAAACCUAAAGCACCUGAGAAGAAGAAAGAACCAGCAAAACCCAAAGAACCAGAGAAGCCUGUCAAGCCCAAGUCUGUUGCUCCCAAGUUCACGACUGAGCUGAAGUCUCAGGAGGUGAAGGCGGAGUCCAUCGCCAAGCUGAGCUGCGCCGCGUCCGGCAAACCCGCUCCGGAUAUCGUCUGGAAGAAGGGCUCUGAGACGCUGAAGCAGGGAGACAGGUACGAGAUCUACAGCGAGAACGGAAUGUUCCAUCUGGAGAUUUACGACACGUCCCUCACCGACACCGCGACUUACUCCGCUACAGUCACCAACGAGGCCGGAUCCGUCACAACAAGCUGCCAGCUCACUGUGAAAGCCGCCGAGCGUCGCAGCUCUGGCACGCUGGUGCAGGAGCAGGUUGUGCGCGAGAUGACGGAGGAAGUCCGCGUCGAGGAACGUGUCACCGAGGAGGUCGUCUCCACGACAACCACACAGAUGCAGGUCAUCUCGGGUCAGGAGAUCACCCUCAAGGCCUCCAUCCCUGGUGACCCUAAGAUAAAGUGGCUUCAUAACGGCCAGGUCCUGCGUAACACGGCAGACUUCCGUCAGCAGUCCCGCGGAGACCUGCACACGCUCACCAUCGCUGAGAUUCUGCAGGAAGAUGCAGGAACCUACACCUGCCAGGCUUCUACAAGGGGAGGAGUCAUCAAGUGUGACUUCCAGAUCACUGUGCAGAUGGAAAAGGAAAUUGCCCAGCCUGACUUCGUGUCCAAGCCCUCGCCUCAGUUCAAGAGCGUCGGGGAAACCGUGACCCUGCAAGCUCAGGUCAAGGGCGAUGACGUCAAGGUCGAAUGGCUCAAGGACAGUAGGAAGGUGACUGAGACGAGCCGCCUGUCUGUCCGUAAGGUCGGCGACCUUUGCACCCUAGAGAUCCGUGAUGCGCAAACCCGCGACUCCGGAGAAUACAGCUGCAUACUGAGCAACACCCGGGGACAGUUCUCCUGCUCUGUACCUGUACAGAUUCACGAAGCUGCCCAUGGCAUGACCCAGAAGACCGUCACCCGUACCUACGAGGAGAGCGGACAGAUGGUUCAGGUCAUGGAGACUGUCACAACUACUGAGGAAACCGUCGUCAUGAGGGAUGAUGCCUCCGCCCGUGUGGAGGAGUACCCGUCCUCCGUGACCAUCAGCGAGCGCGAGAACGUGCACCUGACGGUCCGCAUCGGCGGAACGCCCGCCCCGAAGGUCACCUGGACGCGAAAACGCUUCUCCAACGGCAAGCACUUCGUGCCGAUCGUCCAGGGAAGCAAGUUCCAGGUCAAGACGACGCCUGACAACACGACUCUCUCCAUCUUCGCGCCCAUCAAGGACGACGCGGGGAUCUACAAGGUUAAGGUUGAGAACGAGAACGGCGUUGACGAGUGUGCUAUCACACUCCACGUCAUCGGUAAACCCGUGACGAAGAUACGCCCCUUUGCGUCGGACAUCGCGCCGCACACCUUGACGCUGACGUGGCACCCACCUGAGGACGACGGCGGCUCUUUGAUCACGUCUUACGCCGUGGAGAUGUUUGACGUGUCGGACGGAAAGUGGCAGACGCUCACCACAACCUGCCGCAGACCGCCGUACCCGGUCAAGGGCCUGAACCCUUCUGCCACGUACCGGUUCCGUAUCCGUGCUGAGAACGCGUACGGCGUGAGCGAGGCCGGGCCGCUCUCGGACCCCAUCCUCACCAAGGAGCCUGAGCAAGGUCGGAACGACCGAUCUUCGGACGGCGGAAAAAAGACGGACUCGACCAGCGGCUCCGACUCGGUAGCAUGGCGCUCGACCUCCAUGGACAGCAGCAGUGACGCAGACAGGGUGGACAGGAAGAUCCAGGCCCUGCUCCAAACUGGGCGGCAGGAGACGGCAAAACCUCCUGUCUUCGUCAGGAACCUCCGUGAUGUAGAGUGUGUGGAGGGGAGUGCCGCCCGGCUGGACUGUGUCGUCGCUGGCAUUCCCGAGCCGGAAGUAACUUGGUACAAAGACGACACAGCGCUACAGGACGGACGGAAGUACGCGUACGAGUUCGGCGAGGACGGUCACGUGUCAUUGGUCGUCCGCGACGUCGCCGCAGAGGAUGAUGGGAAUUACACGUGUGAGGCCCAGAACGAGGCGGGAAAAACGUCGUCAUCAGCUGAACUUCUCGUAGAAGGUGUCAGGCCAAAACUAACUUCAGCUGAAAACACUGCUGCGGAGGACAGUGCCAGCACAGUUCUGGAUGAAGACGAAGAUGAUGACAUAGGAGACUUGCCAUCUGCAGAGAAGCAGCAGCCCUUUGCAAAAAUGCCAAGUUUUCUGACCCAGUCCCAGGACAAUUUGCCACCAAAGAAGGGCGAUCGUGACGCCAGGCCCAAACAGUUCCCGCCAAAAUUCCUCAUCAAGCCAAGGUCGUCCUCCGCCAAGGUCGGGGAGUUCGUGAAGUUCGGCUGCAAGGCGGACGGGCGACCGCGGCCCGAGGUCACGUGGCACCGAGGGGACCAGCCAAUCAGGGACGAGGGGAGGUUCGAGCUCUACACAGAGUAUGGAACUCAGUACUUUGAGAUCAGUGAGGUUGAGGCUGGAGAUGCUGGAGAGUACACCUGCGUCAUCAGUAACAACAGCGGGAAGGAUGUCUGUAUGUUCAACUUGAAGGUGGAAGGUGUGCCUGACCCAGACCCAAACACUAGGACCAAAACUACAGACAGUGGAAGAAAAGGACAACAACAUGAAGACACAAAACCCGGCCCAUCUACAGAACCCCCCAAACCGUCGCCUUCCGUUGCACCAAAGUUUCUCGCCAAGCCGACGUCCCAAACCGUCCAGGAGGGCGGGGACGCCAUCUUUGUCUGCCGCGUCUCGGGCGGCACCGAAGUGCUCUGGGAACGAGAUGGGGUGGCGGUGAGGAAUGCUGGGAGGUUUGAGAUAUUUGAGGAGGAGGAUGGGUACCACCUGGAGAUCUUUGAUGUGGAGAGAGAGGAUGCAGGAACCUACGGAUGUACUGUGAGGAAUACAGUGGGAGAGGAGGCUAGCUGUACCUUCAGCUUGGGAGUACAUGUGAAGUCGGUGAAGACUGUGAAGCCGUCCUUCCUGCUGAAGUUCUCGGACACGGAGGUUCUGGAAGGUGACCCCAUCCGCCUGGAGUGUCGGAUUACAGGUGACCCCACCCCGCAGGUCACAUGGUACAGGGACGGGAAGGAGGUCAACGACCUACAGGGCGCCGACCUCAGGACCACCUAUGCCAACAAGGUGGCGAUGUUGUACAUUGAGCGAGCACACCUGGAGGACGAGGCUGAUUACACCUGUAAGGCCGUCAACGCUGCAGGUGAGGCCAGGUGUACUGCCGAGGUGUUAGUCAACGAGCAUCUGCAGCUGGCCCCCAGCGGAGACCCUCCCGUCUUCACGCGACCGUUACAGGACGUCUCCGCACGGGACGGGGACGGCGUCAUGUUUGCCUGCAAAGUCUCCGGUACACCUGCGCCGAAAGUCACGUGGCUUUUUGAAGGAAAACCGAUCAAGCCCAGCGAUGACUUCCAGGUGACAUCACAGGGCAACGACCAAUCGCUGCACAUCCCCGAGAUCUUCCCAGAGGAUGCUGGGAUGUACGCGUGCGUGGCACAGAACACUGCGGGGAAGGCCACAACCUUGGCCAGGCUGAAGGUCAAAGCUCCUACCAAACCUGAGCCAGUUCCGGAGCCAGCAGUGAAACCAAAGAUCCCCAGACUGAAGGAAGGACCGCCAGUUUUCUUAAAAGACCCUCUGGACCAGAAUAUAGAGGAGGGUAACCCCCUGUCCCUUACGUGCGAGGUGUCAGGCAUCCCCCCACCGGACGUCCAGUGGCAGAAGGAGGGAAGGACAGUCCACAAGGACAAAAGGGUCAAGAUGAAGAAGGAGGGAAAUGUCUUCAGGCUUGACAUCACCGCUGCGCUCAGCACCGACUCCGGUCGCUACACCGCUCUCGCCACCAACGCUCGCGGCCAAGUCUCGCGAGACGUGAACAUUUCCGUAAAACCGCUCGCCGAGGAGACCACAGACUACAAAACUCUGCUUAAGAGAAGUAUCGUGGAGGCUUUCCCCGAGGAUGCUGGGAAGUACACAUGCCGGGCGCAAAACGACGAAGGGGAGGCGGAGUGCUCGUGUCGACUCGUGGUGAAGAAGGAAAAGUCUCAAGAAACUCUGCAAGGAGACUCAACUGCAACAGAAGAAAAGGCUAAGAUUGAGAAGGGCCCAGAGAACAUUGUGGUUGUUCGGCAGAGUUUUGCGACUCUGUCCUGCACCUUCGCAGGAAACCCGCAGCCCAAGGUCACCUGGUGGAAACGGCAGGACCAGCUGAAGGACGGGGAUCGGGUUACGCUAACAACCAACCAGCGACUCAGCGUUCUGACCAUCGAUAGUGUGGACCGGCCGGACGCAGGACGUUACACAGUAAAAGUGGACAACGGACUGGGGAAGGAGGAGGCCACCGCAGUUGUCUCCAUUGUUGACCGUCCGGAGCCCCCCAUGGGGAAGCCCACAGUGAAAGAUGUGACGUCCACUACCCUUACCGUGUCCUGGAGAAAACCCAUGUCUGACGGUGGGAGUAAGGUCAUAGGUUACACGUUGGAACAGUAUGAUGUCAUCGCCGCAGCGUGGUCCGUGGUGGGGUCAGAGUUGAAGGACACGACCCACACGGUGGAGGGACUACUUCCGGGUCACAAGUACCAGUUCCGGGUCAGCACCAUGAAUAAGUACGCUGGGAGCGAACCUGGAAAGGUGUCGGAUGUGGUGGCAACCAGGGACAAACCGAAAGAAAACGGGGUGGUGAAUGGUCAUGUGACCGCCAAGCAGUCCGCCAGCCAGAGCAGGGUCAAAGUUCACACGGACAAGAAACUUGAGGAUCUGUACAACGUCAAGGAGAAACUCGGAGAGGGGCGCUUUGGCAAGGUGUACAAGGCGGUGCAGAAGUCCUCAGGGAGGGAGUUUGCCGCCAAGCAGCUGAGCGUGAGCGACCCCUGUCAGAUGGACCAGGUACUGCAGGAGGUGGAGAUCAUGCGACUGUUGCAUCACCCGAAGCUGAUUCAGCUGGCAGACGUGUUCAGGCAGAGAAACCAGCUCACCAUGGUGCUGGAACUAGUAUCGGGUGGUGAGCUGUUCGAGCGAGUGAUCGAUGACGACUUUGUCCUGACGGAGAAGGACUGUGUCAUCUUCACCAGACAGAUCUGUGAGGGUGUCGGGUUCAUGCACGAGCAGGGCGUCCUUCACCUUGACCUGAAGCCGGAGAACGUCCUCUGCGUGAAUCGGACGGGAAACGAGAUCAAGCUGAUCGACUUCGGGCUGGCCCGGAGAUACAACCCGCAGGAGGAGCUCAAGGUGAUGUUCGGCACACCUGAGUUUGUUGCACCUGAGGUCAUCAACUACGACAAGAUCGGCUACGGGACAGACAUGUGGAGCGUCGGAGUCAUCUGCUAUGUCCUGCUGAGUGGACUGUCCCCAUUUAUGGGUGAAGAUGAGGCUGAGACGUUGAACAACGUGACGGAACUAGCCUGGGACUUCGAGGACGAAUCUUUCGACUCCAUCUCAGGAGACGCCAAGAACUUCAUUGAACAGCUGCUCCUCAAGGAACAGGGAAGCCGCCUGACUGCUGCCCAGUGCUUCUCCCACCCCUGGUUACGUCAGGAAGCUGCCAGCAACACCAAACUGUCCAAGGACAACCUCAAGAAGUACAUGGCAAGGAAACGCUGGCAGAAAACCGGUAAUGCCGUCCGUGCCAUGAGUCGCCUAGCGUCCCUCGGUCGCCUGGCCUCGCUUGGCGGGAAGCGCACGGCCAAGGGCACCGGCGGAUUCCUCUCCAAGGUCAAGCAGCAGCUGGCCAAGGAGGAGGAACAGCCCAAGGUUAAGGAGGAACCCAAGGAGGAGCCGAGGUUUCUUAAGAAGAUCAACGACCUUCAGGUCACAGAGGGCGAGUCGGCCAUGUUUGUUUGCAAGGUCGGCGGGUUGCCGGAACCCGAGGUCACGUGGUACCGCGACGGCGACCGUAUCCAUAGCAACAAGGACUACCAGAUGCAGCGGACGCCUGACGGGGGAUUCUCGCUCCUGGUCGUCAGGGCAACGGAGGAGGACGACGCGGAGUACGAGUGUCGCGCGGAGAACGACGUCGGGAAGGCCACGUGCCGGGCGGAACUGUUGGUGGAGUUGCCAGGUAGCAAGUAAACAAACUGCUGCAUGCUGGGUAACGCAUGGCCUGCUGCCCAGAAAUGGAACCUUUUUUCGAAACUACGGAAUGUGCAGAUGCGUUUGACUACGUUAGAUCUGCCAACUUGUGGAUGGAUGCAGCAAAUACACAACUUUUAGGAUUCCUUACCGUUAUUUAUGGGAGGAAUCACUGAAUAUUACUGGAAGAUUUGAAACUUCCUGAGCCUUGUGACUGAUUGCACAGACGUCUGUAACUACUGUAGAUCUGCUAAUUUGUGGAUGAUGGCAGAAAUACAACUUUAGGAUCCUUACUGUAAGUCUGCAAAUGUAUGGAAGGAUGCUGAAUGAACCAUAUAUCAAAGUCUGCAACGUUACUGGAAGAUUUCUUCAGCUGCAGCCUUUUGACUGACUUGGGUUGCAAACUUGUGAGAGAGACAAAAACUGCACGAGACUUUUUCUUCCGGAAAGGCUUGAUUCCUGAAGAUUACCCAUAAUUCUGUGACAUCAUAACUGUUGCAUUGUGGGAAAUGCAUGCUACUGCAAACUUGUCUGUUUUUUACCACUACCAUAUACUAUGAUAUGUAGAUGGUCAAUCUCAAUUUGUGCUACUUGUGAGAGAAUGUACACAAAAGGUCUCUUAAGGGAUUCAGGAAAUUAGUCAUGAUGAUAUCUUAAAAUAGUAUAAUCUUCACUUUUAUUUUACAACAAACUGUUUAACAGUGGAAAAGUCGUGUUUCCUGUUGGAAACAUUGAGAGUUUGCAAACUUGGAGGAAGCAGAAGAAAAUAUCCACCUUCCCUUUAAUUGUAGACUUCUUUCAAAGACAAGUCAAACCAUUAUAGAACUACAUUUCACUCCACAGAAACCUUUUUUCAUCCUUAACAAAUCAAACUUAACAGGUUUCAGUGAGUGCAGAUGAUUGGAUCAAGGUGAACUAGUGUGAAGAUUGUUAAGUGCUGGUUACAAAAUUUUUUAUAACAAUUUCUGUUGCUUUACUUUUGGAGGAUCAUGAGGCAUACUUCAAAUAUCUUUGCCAAGGUAGGUUAUGUGGAACUUAUAUAAAAAAUGAAAAUAAUCAAUGAUAAUAAUAAUGUUUAAUUUUUACAUUUUUAAUUAAUUAUAAAAAAAACUCUUGCCAAAAUAUAAAGGGACAUGCUUUUUUUGCCGUCCUCUUUCAAAUAAACAAAAAAUAUGCGAACCAAGCUGGUAACCUCUGUUAUGGAGCAAAUGUCAACAUCACAAAGGCUAUAAGACCGAGGAGGUUUUAUCAAAACCUUGAUAUUUUUUUCUUUUUUCAUCUCACAUUACUUGUAAAUAAAUACGUUGCUGGCUCUAUUGGUGUUCAACGUGACGAUUAUGUGGUCAUUUUCUUGUGAUUUUAUUUUUCUUGAAUGUUUACCUACAUGUAGAAGUACAUACCAUUGCAC